AAGUGGGAGGGGAAGAGGGCGCGAGCGGAGGAUUCCCCUCUCUUCCUUCUGCAUCAGGGCGACAGAGUGUGUGUCCUGCUCCUUCGCCCUGGCCGCCGCCGGGCUCCUUUCCACCCUGCCUCUUCUUUUGGAAUAAGCUGCUGCAGUUCCCAGCCCUGCAUUGCUGCCCCACUGCAACACUCGCUCCAAGAGCUGGGAAGGAAAAGUUCUCUCUCCUCCAUCCACGGGAGCCUCUAUAGCGCAGGCAAGAAGCCGGGCAUUUAUUUCAUUUUGCAACGUUUGUUUUACUCUAGUUCAAACUACAGAUUCCUUCUUUUUUCUUUCUUUCUCCAGUAAAACUGGUGAGUAAUGAAAGUAAUAUUUUUAAAAAAAAUAAUAUUAAAUGAUUUGCAAUUUGAUUCCCCCCCCCCCAAUGCAACAUUAGCAGGUUUUGGGAGGGGAUCUUCCCCAAAGCUGGUGGGGGCAGCAUGUGGGGCAGGGGGCUUCCCCACCAGUGAAAAGCUCUUUCAAAUGACAUAGGGGUUCCUUGUUCUCAGAAACAAUUCCCCCCUUUAAUCAACCCCUCUACAAUCUUUUUUUUAAAGGUUGUAUAUUGUACAUUUGUCACAACCAAAAUAUAGGACUGGAGGAUUUAGCAUAAAAAUCAGCUGUGUGUCUUAAUUUUAUAGUGAAGAUUGGGGGAAGUUGGUGGGGUGCCGGGUUUGCCAACGCUGAGACAAACUGAUGCAGUGAAAGAAAAAAAAUCCCUCAAACUUCUGUGACUGCAGUUCUGGCUUGUUUGCAGAUCAUUCAUUUUCCAGAAGGGCAUAACCUUGAUUUGGGUGGAUUAUUGCACAGCCUUAAAACAGCAGUGUGGAAGUCUUUACAGUCAGUCAGUUUAUCUUUCAGGGCUCAGGGCUCCAUUGGUCCUCUUUUCUCCCCCAUUUCCAAAUCCGAAUCCCUGCCUGAAACACAGGAAGGAUUUGAGUGCUCCCCUAGGUAUUACCGGUAAUUGGCUGGCUGGAUCAGGCAAAGGGCCCAUCAACCCAGUAUCUUGUUUCCAGCAGUGCCAAGCAAGAAGCUUCUUCUGGAAACUAUCCCAAUCAGGGCAGGAAAGUGUUGGUCCUUCCCUGUCCUUGUCUGAGGCAUCUGGUGGGUACUCAAAGUUACACUGCUCUUAACAUGGAGGUUCUACAUUGCUAUCCUGUGCUUCAUUUUCUCUCACUAAAACUGGUGGGUUUUUAAAGUUUCUGUUGCCAAGUGUAGCCAAACUUUGGCCCUUUGUGUAUUAAGCUUCUGUGGCUGCAUUUUAAGGCCACCAUGUGAAAUUAAUAUUGCAAACUAAACUAGCCAAACUAAAUAGAUUUUAAUACAAAUUCCACCUCCCGCACCCUGGACUCCCCAAUCCAGAAUAGUCUAUGUUGGAAAAAUUAAGUUAGGAUGUUGCUAGUGAGUCUUAUUAUUAUUAUUUUUACGUUUAUCCCACAUUUUGUACAAAGAGCUCAGUGCUUAGUCCAUCUGCUGAGCACUCAUUUUCUCUUCACAACAAUCCUGUGAGGCAGGCUACACUGUGAGAUUGCCCAGGGUCACCCUGGGAGAUUCCUGGCAGGGUAGAGGUUUGAACCAAGAUCAGUUGUAUUCUUGGAAGCAAAGCCCACUGUGUUCAAUGGGGUUUAGUCCAUGGUGUGUUUGCAACAGCCGCUUGGGUCUAUCUUCUGAAUAUGGCACACUUCAUGAGUUGUUAUUGUUGUUUAGUCGUUUAGUCGUGUCCGACUCUUCGUGACCCCAUGGACCAGAGCACGGCAUCCACUCCUGUCUUCCACUGCCUCCCGCAGUUUGGUCAAACUCAUGUUGGUAGCUUCGAGAACACUGUCCAACCAUCUCAUCCUCUGUCGUCCCCUUCUCCUUGUGCCCUCAAUCUUUCCCAACAUCAGGGUCUUUUCCAGGGAGUCUUCUCUUCUCAUGGGGUGGCCAAAGUAUUAGAGCUUCAGCUUCACGAUCUGUCCUUCCAGAGAGCACUCAGGGCUGAUUUCCUUAAGAAUGGAUCGGUUUGAUCUUCUUGCAGUCCAUGGGACUCUCAAGAGUCUCCUCCAGCACCAGAAUUCAAAAGCAUCAAUUCUUUGGUGAUCAGCCUUCUUUAUGGUCCAGCUCUCACUUCCAUACAUCACUAAUAGGAAAACCAUAGCUUGAACUAUACGGAUCUUUGUUGGCAAGGUGAUGUCUCUUCAUGAGUUAUUUUUCUCUAACCCCUCCCUCUCAAAAUUGUAUUUAAGCUCUAGAAUUUACUCAUAAGUCAACUCUUGCAGGUCACCUAGUGAUGACUAAGCACAGUGACAGGCGCCACAUUCGCACUGUACAUUUAAAGCACUAAAUAAGGUAAAGGUAAAGGACCUUUGGAUGGUUAAGUCCAGUCAAAGGCAACUAUGGGAUGCGGUGCUCAUCUCGCCAAGGUAGCCAGCGUUUGUCCACAGUCAGCUUUCUCGGUCAUGUGGCCAGCAUGACUAAACUGCUUCUGGUGCAACGGAAACACCAUGACAGAAGCCAGAGCUCAAGGAAACGUCGUUUACCUUCCCACUGCAGUGAUACCUAUUCAUCUACUUGCACUGGUAUGCUUUGAACUGCUAGGUUGGCAGAAGCUGGGACAGAGCAAAGGGAGCUCAACCCCAUCAUGCGGAUUCGAACCACCGACCUUCCGAUCGGCAAGCCCAAGAGCAGGGGUCAGCAAACUUUUUCAACAAGGAGUCGAUCCACUGUCCCUCAGACCUUGUGGGGGGCCAGACUAUAUUUUGGAGGGGGGAAAAUGAAUGAAUUCCUAUGCUCCACAAAUAACCCAGAGAUGCAUUUUAAAUAAAAGGACACAUUCUACUCAUGUAAAAACACGCUGAUUCCGGGACCGUCCGCGGGCCAGAUUUAGAAGGUAAUUGGGCCGGAUCUGGCCCCCGGGUCUUAGUUUGCCUACCCAUGCCCAAGAAGCUCAGUGGUUUAGACCACAGCGCCCCCCCGUGUCCCAUUUAAAGCGCUAUGACACCACUUUAAACACUCAUGGCUUCCCCCGAAGAAUUCUGGGAGCAGUAGUUUGUUGAGGGUCCUGAGAGCUGUUAGGGGACCCCCUAUUCCCCUCCCAGAUCUACAAUUGCCAGGGUGAUUUUAAGGAUCAGUCCUUCCCAUCUGUCAGGGGUUCUUUAGCUGUGAUUGCUGUAUUGCAGGAGGUUGGGCUAGAUGACUCUUGGGAUCCCUUCCUUUUUUAGAAAAGUUUUCAGUUUUAGAAUUACACCAUUUCCCAUUCUUAUACAGUAGUUCUUUUUGACUUCCCACCCAGCAUUCCAUGACAAUUCUUUUUACAUCUUGUUUAGCUGCAUAUCCAUUAAUUCCUUCACCUUACUUUCCACACUCUCGUAUCUUUUAUGUUGUCAACUGUUAGUCACAAAGUAUCCCCUACUUGGAAUUUAUAUUUGAGGUCAAUUUUUUUGUAAAUAUUCCCCUAGAUACUCCCACUCACUCCUUGUAUUUGUCAUCUUUAUUUCUUAUUUUAGAUGUCAUGCUGGCAAGCUCUGCAUAUUCAAUUAGUUUAUUUAGCCAUUUUUCUUUCCCUGGGGGUCUCUCUUUGUUCCCAAUAUCUUACAUUUACUAUCCUCGCAGCUGUUGUUGCAUAUAGAAAUAGAUUGUGGCCUUUCUUUGGUAACUCAUUCCCAAGUAUGCCUAGAAGGAAUGCUUCCGGUUUAUUGGGGAAUGUGAAUAAAAAAUUUUUUUUAGCUCGUUGUACACCAUCUCCCCAAAUUCCUUUGCCCGUUUACAUUUCCAUCAUAAAUGAAUAAAUGUACCCUCUACUUCCAAACAUUUUCAGCAUAGUUUUGAGCCUCUUUUAUACAUUUUAGCCAGGUUGACCAGUGUCAAAUAUGCAUUUUUUGCAUAUUUUCUCUUAUUUUAUAACAUGCAGAGAAGUUCAUUGUUAAAUUCCAUAAUUCUUCCCACUCAGAAAUUUCAACAUUAUGCCCAAUAUCAAUAGCCCAUUUUAUCAUUGCCUCCUUUAUCAGGUCGUCUUUGGUCUCCCAUUCUAGAAAUAGUUUAUAUUUUUUAGAGAUUAUUUUUUUGUUAGACCCCAAAAUCACUUUUUCAAAUUCUGAUCCUUGUUUAACAUAUCCUCUCUCUUUAUCUUUUUUGGAACAUCUCCUUUGUUUGGAAGUAUUGAAACCAGUCAGGGACCAACCUUUGGGAUCCGUUCCAAUCCUACAGUUUUAUGACUCUAUGAAAUAAGGCACCACGAACAAAGGUGGCAGUUAACAUGGCCACAAAGCAGAACACGAAACAGCUGUACACACUACAUUCCCCACCCCUUUGAAAACUUUAUUUAGCACCUCUGUCAUGUGCAGAGGCAGCCGGGCAGUCUACCUUUGAAUACUAGCUCCAUUUUUGUGGCGAGAACAGGGGAGGAAAAGGGUGUCACCUUCAUACUGAUUCUGGGGUGCCAGGAAUAAUCUUGCUGGGAUGCGGCUCCACAGGGGCUGCAGCUGAUGGGAGUUAUAGUCCAAAACAUCUGGAGGGCACCAGGUGGGGGAAGGCUGGGGUGAAAAGGAGUGCCACAGUGGUCCAUAUCUCCCCCUCCCCACCCUUCGCAAGAAAGGUUGUUCAGGUCAAAUAGGGCUUGAGGGGCGGAGCCUAGGAGCAUAAAGGUGGGGCCUGAUGGGCUAGAGGGCGGAGUCUUGCAUCGCCAUUUAUCCCGCCCCCUUAACUCUUUCCUGUGCAUCUCCAGUGUAGGAAUUCUGUUCCAUUUCCCAAUGUGUUUUUAGAACAUAGAUUUAUUCUUGCACCCUCUGGAUGGAAAGAUCUGUCGGCUUCUCUGGUUCUCAUUUUUCCAAUCUUUAAUUCAGUUCUUUACAUUUCUGCAGCAGCUUGCAAUUGUUGCUAUUUUUUUAAAGUCCUCAUGAAAAUUCCUCAGCAUUUGAAUCUUUCCUAACAGAAAUAUUUUUGUAUGCAGUUUUGACUAAUGCACGCAUCGUUGCUGGCAAUUUCUCUGAACUGAAUUUCUCUGAACUCUCUCAUGAAAUUCAGAUAAGUGCGGACUUCGGAGGAUGCCUGAGUGUCAGUUCACAGGGGGUUAUUGGGUGGUGGUGGUGGUUUUUAUUUUUAUUAUGUAUUUUGUGGUUUUAUAUUUAGAUUUUAUUCUAUGAACUGCCCUGAGACAUCCAGGUAUAGGGUGGUACAUCAAUCAAUCAGUCACUCACUCACUCAAUCACUCAAUCAAUCAAUCACUCACUCAGUCACUCACUCACUCAAUCGAUCAAUCAAUAAUUCUCAUCUUUUUUCAGAAAGUGUGAAUAUGAUAGAUCCAUCUUGAAAUGCAAACUGUAUUUUAAAUGUAUUAAUUGUUUUAUUCAUUUAUUAUGAUAUUUGUACCCCACCUUUCCUCCUAGAAGCUCAAUGUGGCAUACAUAGUUCUCCCCCCUCCAUUUUAUUCUCACAACAACCCUGCAAGGUAGGUCAGGGUGACUGGCCCAAGGUCACCCAGUGAGCUUCAUGGCCAAGUGGAGACUAGAACGCUGGUCUCCUGGGUUCUAGUCCACACUCUAACCACUACACCAUGCUGGCUCCGUCUGCCUAAUUCUGUCCUGGUGCCCACCUCUCUCUCACUGGCUCUCCCCACAUAGAAAGUGAGCGGGCCAAUGGGAGAAGAAAGGGCUGGAAUGGGGGCAGAGAUGGCUGGGGCUGCCCCCUGCCUCAUUUCUGGCCUCUUGACCUCAGAUUUAUCCUGAAGACCCUGAGAAGGAAAUGCACUCUGUAGGUUCAGCGUAUCAGGCCCUUCUAUAUCCUUCUGUUGCUGUUGAAUUGUCACCUGUAGGGUGGGGCAUCAGUUUUCCAGGGUCCGCUAGCUGCUGACCUCUACCUCUCUGAUGUGUUGGGUGUAUCCAUGUUGCCACGUUUUGCUGUGCUUUUCACAUCAGCACCAUGUACAGAUACUAAAAGGAGGCGACUGUGCCAAUCCCUACACAUCAAAUGUAAAGACAAAGGGAAAAUCUUAUCCAUUAUUUCCUGAUCAGUUGGCAGCCCUCUUUAUUAGCACUGGAUGGGUCAGGCUCUCUCUCUCUCGCUCUCUCUCGCUCUCGGGCUGGGUGGCUCUCUGGGGAAGAGUCAUUAGUCAGUGGCUGAAGAUCGCAGGUUCAGUCCCUGAUGAUAUCUCUGGGUAGUGCUGGGAAGGACUCCUGCCUGAAAUACUGAAGCGCUGCUGCCAGUCAGUGUUGGCAGUACUGAGCUGGAUGGGCCACUGGACAGACACAGUAUAAGGCAUUUCCCUUCCUCUAGGAAGAGCCCUGCUGGAUCAAGCUGAGGUUCCAACUAGUAUAGCAUCCUGUUCUCAUAUUGGCCAACCAGAUGCCUGUGGGAACCCUCCAAGCAGGAUCUGAGCACAAGAGCCCUCUCCCCUCCUCUGGUUUCCAGCAACUGGUAUUCAGAAGCAUUUACUGCCUCCAACCAUGGAGGCAGAGCAGAGCCACCAUUGCUCAAAGCCAUAGAUAGUUUUCUCUGUGAAUUUAUCCUAUCCUUUAAAGUCAUCCAACAUCGUGGCCAUCCCUGCCUCCAGUGGGAGGGAAUUCCAUAGUUUAACUAUGUGCUGCAUGAAGGACUUUCUUUUCUGUAUCUUGAAUCUUCCAGCAUUCAGCUUUAUUGGAUGACUGCGAGUUCUAGUGUUAUGAGAGAGGGAGAAUAAUCUUUCUCCAUCCACUUUCUCUGCACCAUGCAUGUUUUUAUAAAAGUAUAACAUUACCUCCUACUUGCUUGCUCUCUAAACUAGAAAAGCCCCAGUAAGUUUUUGAGGAAGUUACUCCUGAGGCUCCAAUACUUUGGCCACCUCAUGAGAAGAGAAGACUCCCUGGAAAAGACCCUGAUGUUGGGAAAGAUGGAGGGCACAAGGAGAAGGGGAUGACAGAGGACAAGAUGGUUGGAUAGUGUUCUCGAGGCUACCAGCAUGAGCUUGACCAAACUGUGGGAGGCAGUGGAAGACAGAAGUGCCUGGCGUGCUCUGGUCCAUGGGGUCACGAAGAGUCGGACACGACUAAACCACUAAACAACAACAACUCCUAGCGGCAAAGGAGGGGCAGAGGAGAGGGGGCCCAUUUUGAGAUGCCAGCUGGUGGCAUGGAAAUUGGCAUUCAGGGGACAGAGCGCAAUUUAACAAAGAGUUUGUUUUUCACACCAACCAGCCUUCAGGGAGCCAGCUUUUGGCCAGACUCUCUUCCUCUUCCAUCGCUGGGACAUUUCAAGCCUCAGAAGCUUUGGAACAAGCCAAACAAAUCCUCUGGGUGAGGGUUGGGAACAGUGCUGGAUUAAACCCUGUGUGGAGGCCCCUAGGCAGUUGAAAUAUCGGAGCUCAGUUCCAACUGAAAAAGAAAUAGUCCAAGGCUGUGAAGAUGGCUUUGAAAGUAUUUGAGCACUGUUUGAUGCAAUAUCAAAAGCUGGCCACCUUGUGGAUUGAAAUGCCUUGUUUUUCAGGUUAAGCUGCUGCAGCAGGAGGUUCUGGAGGAGAGGAGUCCUAAGCCCCCUCUGAACUGUCCGCACGUCAUAUAAGUCCUUUGGGACUUGCAUUUGGUGAUACUGCAAAGGCAGAAACAGCUGCAGGAGGAGGCAGGAUGUGUCUCUGGGGAGAGACACAAAGGCAGGACAAGAGCAAGGCAUUUAUAAAUGGCCUAGAGAUGGCCUUAGAGCUCGGCGGCAGAUGAUGCGCUUUGCCGCUUUCAUUUCCUAGCAUCUCUAGGUUGUGUUUGGAAUGUAUCCUGCCUGAAAUCCUGAACAGCCGCUGCCAGUCAGUGCUGACAAUACUGGGCUAGAUGGUCUUGUGGUCUGACUACAGUUGUCUUCUCAAAUGUAUAGUCUCCUAUUAACAUUUGCCAAGGCUGUAAUGUUUUAUUAGUAGUCAGUUCUGGCCUACGUGGAACAACGGUAUGACUCAGUAGAAAGCCGCUUCCAGUUUGAAUCAGCAAUUUACCCAGAAACAUGUGGACUAGAACCUUGAUUUAUUUUGAGGAACCUGAGUAGUAGAAUACCUGCUUUGCAUGCAGAAUGUCCUAGGCUCAGUCCCUGGCAUCUGUAUGGAGGUUCCAUUUAUAAUGGAGCAGAAGUACAUUCACACAGCUUUGGGUUUCAAUAGCCCUUUCCCCCUGUCAUUCAAAACAUCUAGAGGUCACCAGGUUGGGGAAGGCCAAUGUAUUUUUCCAGCAAAAGUAAACCACAAUCAAACUCCUUUUAUCUGUUCUCAGCACCUGUUAUUCAGAAGUUGAAUGCCUUCAGACAUGGAGGUUUUGUUUGCUUAUCAUGCAAAAUAGUCACUGUUAAACUUAUCCUUCUCCGUUUGUCUAACCUCUAUCUAAAGGCAUCCAAGAUAGUGGCCAUGAUUGGCUAUCCAGUGGCCAUGAGUUCCAUAAGUUGCAAUGUGCACACAAGUCUUUUCUUUUGAAUGUCUCGCUACACGCUCAAAUACCUCUUUGCAGGCAGAAAAUGAGUGUCAGGCCUUCUCUUCUGUUGUUCAACUGUGUGGCUCCUUCAAGAGGUAGCACCCAAGCUCACAACCCAUUGCCCUUUAUUCUGCCAUGUGGGUAGACUGAGCCAAAUUAGCUGUUCUCAGGGAAGUGUGUGGCUGUGCCAGCAGGUUGUUGAGGCUUCUGGUCCUGGUUGGCUUCCCCAGAGGCUUCAAAAGACCCUGGGCAACUGCCCAGAUUUGCUUGGUCAUCAGUCUAGACCAGCCUAUAUCUAUUGCAGGAAGGUUGUGUAAAUGAGCUCCCUCCAGCCCUGGGAAUGUAUUAUUUGCUUAAUACUGCCUUUGCCAGCCUGGUGCCCUCCAGAUGUUUUUGACUCUAUCUCUCAUCAGCUCUGACCACUGGCCAAACUGAAGGGGCAGAUGGAGUCCAGACGACCUCUAGAACAGAGGCUCCCCAACCUUCCCUCGCAUGGACCACUUGAAAAAGGCUGAGAGUUUCUUGGCAGACCGCUCAGAUUCUCCCAUGUGCUGUAGCAAUUGUCAAUGUGCUGUGCUAGAUACUUUAUAAUUUUUAAUUGUGUUUCUAUUGUUUAAUUUAUUUCUUACAGAUGGUGCUACAUUUUGCAUUGCAUAGAAUUCAGAUUGUAAGACAAUAAAAUACAAUACAAGAAAUAAAAGAAGUGAUACAAAUAUAAUUAAAAUCACUAUGAAUAGUUAAUUUUGAUGGAUGGUCCACCUUCCCUCUUCAGUCGCAUAAGAAGAGCUUGCUGGAUCAGGCCAAUGGCACAUCUAGGCUAGCAUCCUGUUCUCACUGUGGCCUGUCAGAUGCCCCCAUGGGAAACCUGUAAGCAGGAUCUGAGCACAAGAGCCCUCCCCCCUCGUAUGGCUUCCAGCCACUGACAUUCAGAAGCAUUACUGUCUUCGACCGUGAAGGCAGAGCACAGACAGUGGCUAGUAGCCAUCCAUAGCCUUCCCCGUCAUAAAUUUGUCCUAUCCUCUUUUAAAGCCACACUACCUCAUGUGGGAGUGAGUUACAUAGUUUAAUUAUGCGCUGUGUGAAGAAGGACUUUCUCUGAUGUUAACUCCUUGUUCUAAAGAUAAGUUUUCCGUAAGAAAAAAAUAUAAUUAUAAUAAUUUAUUAAUUAUACCCCACCCAUCUGGCUGGGUUUCCCCAGCCACUCUGGGCGGCUUCCAACAAAAUAUUAAAAUGGUAAAAUAUGUUUGUUUGUUUGUUUUUUGUUUUUAAAAGGACUUUCUCAGAAAUCGACGGAAGACUGAGAGCUGCCUGAAUGAAGCUUGCACACCAGUGGUGGCCCACAGACCCCACUCUGAGACCUCCUGAGCUAGAGGCAACCAGGUUGGGGGCGGGUUUUGGCUUUCAUAAGCAGGAAGAAGGGCAGGAGGUUUGUGUGUGACAGGACAGUGAUUCACAACAGGAGCAAGAUGACCGGGGGCAAGGGGGGAGGAGAGAGAGAGACAGAGACAGAAAAGUGGCUUCAGAGCAGCUAGAAGCAUCUCCUGUCCAGCAUCUGGAACCUUCCUCUUUUGCCAGGAUGCAGUCCAAAAAACCACAUGCCCGUCUUCUGCCUGCAGACACAAAGAGAUGGCCCACAUCCGCCCUUUUAGGCUGCUGCCAAUUUCUCUUUCCUGCUGCCAUAACAUUUCCUGGGCAUUUGGGGGCUUAUCUCCCUCUCUCAAUACCAACCACCCCACGGUUCCUUAGAGCUGGCCCAGGAACAUUCUCUCUGCCCCUUGCCAAAGUCAAAGAUUUAUAGGUUCUGCUGCUUUGUUGUCAAGCUUGAGCGCUGAAAACUAAGUGGGCACCUUGGUGUGUUUGUGUGUUCACAAGGCAACACCCUCCAUCCGCUGUUGAUUCCACAAGGCAGCUCCCCCCUCCCCUGUUGAUAUUUUCCAACCUGCCAACUUCUGGAGUCAUGUGUGUGUGAGAGAGAACUGCAGCUGUGAUGAUUGGAAGUCUUUUCAGUCCGAUUAGUUAGACCACUUGAUAGAAAUGUUUAAGCAGGUCAGUUGUAAAGAAAAGCCCAGGGUGCAGCCAAGAAUACCACCCAAAGCCUUGCCAUCUGAACUUCUUCCUGGAGUUUUUUAUUACUUGGUCUGCUUUCCAAAGUGGAAUCAGCAGUGGUGUAGAAACUUGCUGAUACGUACUAUGAGGAUACGUAUCCAUCAUAGAAUUGUAGAGUUGGGACCCCAAAAGUCAUCUAGUCCAACCUACUGCAACAAAGGAGUCACAAAUAAAGAAUCCAUCCAACCUCUGUUUAAAAAUCUCCAACGAAGGAGAGAGUCUGCAAACUUCCAGGGUAGUCUAUUCCACUAUCAAACAGAGGGAGUUCUCCCUAUUUUUCAGUUGGAAUCUUCUUUCUUGUUAUUUGAAUGCAUUGCUUUGGGUCCUUCCCUUGGAACAGCCAGAAACAAGCUUUUUCUGUCUUCCAUGAGACAGCUGUUCAGAUAUUUGAAGAUGGCUAUCAUUAUCACCUCAGUCUUCUCUUCUCCAACCUAAAUAUCCCCAAGUCCCUCAAUUGUUCCUCAUAAGGCUUGGUUUCCAGACCCUUCAUUGAUCAUCUUGCUUGUCCUCCUUGCAGCUUGCCAAUAUUCUUCUUAAACUGUGGUGCCCAGAACUGGAAAUAGAAGUCCACAUAGGGUCUGACCAAGGCAGAAAAGAGUGGUACUAUUACUUCCCUUCAUCUGAACACUAGACUUCUCUUGAUGCAGCCUAGAAUUCUAUUAGCUUUUUUGCAGGGGGUGGGGGGAGGCUAAGAUCUGAGGAUGUUGGGCAAAGCUCUGAGGAUGAACCGUGUUCAUUUUUGGCCACAUCCACACCACAUGUUUAAAUAACUAUGAUGCUACUUUGAACAGUCAUGUUUUCCCCCAAAGAAUUCUGGGAAGUGUAGUUUGCUAAGGUGCUGAGAGUUGUUAGGAGGCCCUUAUUCCACUCCCAGAGCUACAAUUUCCAAAGUAGUUUAACAAUCCUUCUUCACAUGGAACUCUGGGAAUUGUAGUGCUCUGAGUGGAAUAGGGACUCUUCUAACAACUCUCAGUGCCUGUAAUAAACUACAGCUCCCAGACAUCUUUGGGAGAAGCUUAAAGUGCUAUUGUAGUGCUUUAAACAUAUGGGCCUACGCUCCUUCAGGUCAUUUUUGCCUUGUCCCAUAUCUCUGAUUUCCAUAUCAGCAUAUAAAACUCUGCAGAAUCUUUGUGUACUUUGUGGAAUCGUACACAUGACAGCAUCAACAACUAGUGAGUUCUCUUUUUGCAGAUAAAAUAUACGAACACAGGGGGUGGGGGCUCAGAUAGUGUUCUUUAAGUGUGCAGGUGAAAAUAUUUGAAGCAUGCUCCUGCAGUCACCUCUGAAAUAGUUGGAAAGAUGCCUGAGUGCACCUGUGAUUCGGCCCCUGCUGCAUGAGUGGCAGGGCAGGGAAUGCUCCCUCAGGAAGGUGAGGGCUUUCCAUCAUCAUAGCUUGUGUGGGUGAUGCUUCUUCUUGGACAUUUGCCAGGGCUUGGACACAAGGCUGCUGACUCAUUCUGCAGCUGCAGAACGCUACUUCUGUGAGCCUUAACACGGACGGACGGCCUCCUCUCUUUCUCUGUAUGGCCACAGGGCACCUUUGUGAGCUAAGCUAAGCCUGCAUUUGCAUCAUACAUUUAAAGCACCAGGAUGCCGCUUUAAACAGUCACGGCUCGCCUCAAAGUAUUCUGGGAGCUGUGGUUUGUUUAGGGUGCUGAGAGUUGUUAGGAGGCUCCUAUUCUCCCUCACAUGGAUAGUUUCCGGAGCAGUUUAACAAUCAAUCGCUCUUCCCAGGGAACUCUGGAACUGUAGCUCUGUGAAGGGAAGAGGGUGUCCUAACAGAACCCUUAACAAACUACAGCUCCCAGGAUUCUUUGGGGGCUAUUUAAAGUGGUAUGGUACUGCCUGAAAUGUAUAAUGCACAUGGGGACUAUUACUCUCUGCUUGGCCUUCCUUAUAGGGCUGUUGUGUAGAGAAAGGAUGUGCGGAUAAAGGAUGAAGAUGGGGAUACUUGAUUUAAAUGUAUCUUGGGUAAAAAUGAGAAUUUUGUGCUAAGAGAUUCUGUCUUCUCCUGGCCAGCUAAAAGGAAGCUCAAGCCAUAGACCAAUAACUGUUUCAUGAGUAUGAAUUCAGAACUGAUCAGCUGAUGGAGCUGGCUGGACUGUGCUGCGCCACUGAAACUAUAGGUACAGAAUGAUUUAACAGUCAGUCCCUCUUCCUAGAGAAUUGUGGGAAUUUUAGCUCUGUGAAAGGAAUAGGGGGUCUCCUUACGAGCUCUCAGGACCCAUAACCAACUACACUUCCCAAAAUUAUUUGGGGUAGCCUUGACUGUUUAAAAUGGUAUCAUAGUGCCUUAAAAGGAUGGUGUGAAUGUGGCAAGGGGCAAUGAUUCUGAAUGGGGAGGAAAUAGGACAUCUGUUUCAUACGCAUGCAUGGCUGUGCGCACAUGCACACUUUCCCAAGGAGGCAAAAAUGUGGUCCUUAAGGUAUGUGAGGAAGGGGAAGCUGGGUUCACCUCCGUGGGAUCAUUUCGAGGUGGUGGGGAGAGUGUGGAUCAUAAAAUGGUGGCAACUAAGUGGGAAUUCCAGCACAAGGCAGGCAGCAGCAGAGGUGGCAAUGGUGACUUUGGCGAGAGAACAGGAAUGCAGAUAUCUUCAGACCAGUCCCUGUCUCACAAGUCUCUCCUACCUCACAAGGAUGCUGUAGAGAUAAAACAGGACUGUCCUUUUGUAUGCCAGCCAGAAGUCCUUAGAGGAGCUUGGCACACACAUGCCAUUAAAUUAGUGCAGAUGAUAAAUAAACUGGAAUCUUGGACAUGGGAGCUUAGGAAAGGGGUGGGGAACCUCAGGCCUAGGGAAAGAAUGUGGCCCCCUGAGCCUCUCUUUCUGGCCCUCAGAACACUCUCCAGCCCACAAACUUCACUGCCCCUGCUUCACACCCUCCUUGAGUGUUUCAUCCUGGCUGGGAUGUGUCCUUCAACCCUGAAAAUGCCUCUUGCUUCCCUAGAUGAAGAACAAGUGUGAGCAUGUGAAGAAAUUAGCCUCCUGUAGAAAGGUAACAUGUUUGCCUCUGGCCCCACCUAUUACUGGCAUGUGGCCCCCAGAAGGCUGUCCAGAAGGGAAUGCGGCUCUCAGGCUGAAAAAGAUUCUCAACUCCUGGCUUAGGAUAACCAUAGAGCUACAUGGUACUAAUAUGCGUGGUAACAGUGCUUUCUUGUGGCUCUGAAUAAAAGCUACUUAAAUGAAGUUUUUGAAAACCGGAGCAGGGAAGCUGAAGUCCCUCAGGCUCACAUGGAGCUACUCUCUGCUCACCUGGGCCACUAGUUGAAGAUCCCAUCCCACCCCACAAAAUGAGAAUUUACCUCUUUCACUGAAGCUGCUUUAAAUUUCUCCACACCUGAGAAAUUUGUUCCUAGAUCUGCUGAGAAUCCAGAGAAUGGAUCAGAGUGAAAAUUAAGUAGCUUGCAAUUGAGUGGGCUGGCUUUAAUCUUGCAAACUCAGUCUGUGGGCAACUUAAUUACAGCUAAUGUGGGAGAGAAAGCUUCAGUCAGGCCAAAUUUCGUCCAAGUUUUUAAAAGGGCUGCUUCCCAAAAUGUCAUCAUCUGAUUUUCUCUUCAGUUUCUGGAGUUUUCUCCUGGAGAUUCUGAAAUUAACUGGUCUCUUUUUCUUCUUCUCCUCAAAGCACUAGGAAUUCUCAUUUGAUAUAUACCGUGUGUGUGUGUGUGUGUGUGUGUAUAUAUAUAUAUAUAUAUAUAUAUAUAUGAGAAUCUCCUUAGUUUAGAGAAAAGGUGAGUUAGAGAUGACAUGACAGAAGCUUAUACAAUAAUGCAUGACAUUUAGAAAGCAGAUGUUGAAAAGUUUUUCUCCCUCUCUCAUCAUGACACUAGAGGAGGUGGUCUGUUAGAUAUUUGAGGCCUAGUCAUAUAUUUCCAUUAGUUUUUAAUAAAAAUUUAGCUCUUGCACCAGAGUAAAAUGUAUCUGUCUAAGGCUUGCACAAGAGAUAAAAAGAGGUCUUGCACAAAUCCUUUGUAUUACUCUUAUUCUUAUCAUCAUCAUCAUCAUCAUCAUGGUAAAAGCCCAAUGUGAUUACAAUCUCUGAGGUAAUCCCUCACAUGUACUCUUUAGAAUAUAGUUUGUUGAAACUGCGAGGUGCCUUCUACAAACAGCAACUGAAAUAGGCCACUUCUAUCAUUUGGGCUGCUGGAAAAACCCCAAAUGACGUAUGUUAUGCUCAGCUCAGGUGGGGAGCGAACAGAAGUAGGGGUGAGACUUCCAAAUUGCCACACAUAUGACAACCCUCCAAUCCCAGGUUAUUUUUCUCUAUUAUUAUUUUUUUGCAGCAAAUGUACAAGGAAAGAAAGAACAGAACACGACCCUGCAUUUUGAUGAUGCCAGUGUUGUACAGGUGUUGCAAAAAACUUAUGUACAUGAGCAGCACCGACUCCAUAAUAAGCUCCUGCCUAAAUGGAAGCACUCACAGAAAGCACAAGUUAAGAUACAUGGCUAUCGUGAGGCGGAAUGAGGCUGCUGCCUCAGGCGGCAGAUGCUGAGGCCGCAGGAAGUGGAGGAAGCUGUGUGUGUGGCCCAUGGCCUACCCAAUGCCCCUUAACCUAGCCUGCUCCCCUCAGGUGCCAUGGAGGAUGCUGCCCAGAAGCUAGCACCCAAUUAAGAUUCAACUGCCAGCCUGGCAGGCUGUCGUACAUGGAAUGGGAGGGAAGGUGCCAUAUUGUCAUUCACCUCAGGCAGCAAAAUGUUUCCGGCCAGCCCUAGAUACAGCUCUUGCCUCAAACACUCUGGUUCCUGGGGGAUGAUUCUGCCUGUGCUGUUGUCAGAUAACCUUCCCUAUUUGUACUUCAUUUCCACCAUGGGAUUCAGAGAGAGAAAGAGAAAUAGCACAGGAAAACACAGCGCCACAAAGUCAAACAUGGCGGGGAGUACAACAUUAACUGCCUGAGAACCUGCUAAGAUUUAUUCUCUGGAGGAAAAAAGAGACUGGUGAGGGCAUCCUUUUCUGAAUGCCCCUGGCACAAAAAGACCACCCUUGCCAUAGCCUUUUUUCUUUUUCUCCUUCCAAAUAAUAACUCUUUAACAAGGCAGAAGGGAAGAAAAGAAUCUUUGGCCAGUCUCCGACAUUCAAACAGGGAAUGAGGGAAGGACAUGGGGCCUGAAUGGAAUCUUAAAAGGCCUCGUCCCUGUGACUAAUCGGAGGGAAGGAGACCUCGUUUUUCUCUCACACUGUGGGCCUGGGUGGCGGUGGUGGCAGCCCAAACGGAGCCAGUGCAGCUUUGCUAAAGAGACGUAUGAUUAAAAAGCUCUCAGGAACCACAGAACAUAAAAGCUGGCCACUCUCUUAAUUUAGGGGCUUCCUCAGAAUUUCCAGCUGAAAUUCGCUUUGCUGAGCUCUGCAGAGGAUGUCUAGUUCUCAGGGUGUUGACCUGAAGUUGUAGUGUUUUAACUUUCUCCUCAGAGCCCCCAAUGUGGGGCCAUUUUGCUGCGUACAACAAUAUGGUGGCCAUUGCAUGUGCAGAAGCUAAUUGGGGUAGCAGUUGACUCUUAGGCCAAAUUCACAUCAUACAUUUAAAUCAGCACGAAGCAGUCAUGACUUCAUUUAAAGGAUUCUGGGAGCUGCAGUCUGUUAAGGGUGCUGAGAGUUAUUAAGAGACCCUAUUCCUCUCACAGAACUACAAUUUCCAGAGUUUCCUGUGAAAGGUGAUUGAUUGUUAAUGCACAUGGGGAAUUGUAGCUCUGGGAGGGAAAUUGAGGUCUCCUAACAACUCUCAGCCCCCUUAAAAAGCUCCAGCUCCCAGAAUCCUUUGGAUGAAGCCAUGACUGCUUCAUGGUGAUUUAAAUGUAUGGUGUGAAUGUGCCCUAUGUUUACUCAAAGUAAGUUCCAUUGAAUUCGGUGGAUCAUGUGCUUGGGAAAAUGAGGUUGGGUUGCAGCCUCGGUGAAUUAAUCAUAUGAACUUUUGACCACUUAAUCAAUUGAUUUAGAUCUGGAAUCAAUUUGUCUAUGAGAAAUAAAUGUUAUCAAGGAAAAAAGCAUACUUUGUUCUUAAUGAUCUAUGAGUUUGUUGCAGCAAUUUGCCUUUGUGAGAAGGGGCCUUUCCUGUUCCCUUUCACACAGAGAAAUGGAGGCCUCCUCUACGAUGCUACUUUCCAGCUGCAAUUUAUACAAGUACUUGUAUUAAAAAUAAAUAAUACAUAGACUAGUUGUCUAGGCCAUAUUUUGUUGGACUCGAAUUCCCAUAAUUCCUGACCAUUGGCUAAGCUGGCUGAGGAAGAUGGGAGUUGUGGUCCAGCAACAUCUGGAGGGCACCAAGUUGGCUGAUUUAAGUGAAAUUGGGCCCUGGGCUGAGCUAAAAACAUCCAGAGCCUAAAUCGGAAGCCUCACCCCAAAUUGGCCUGCCUCAGACCGUCUGUCUUCUGUAACUUUGGGAUGAAACAGUCUUUGCAAAAAUGCCAAGGCGGGUGAUGCUACGAGCUGUGCCAAGGCCGCUUAGAAAUAAAUUAUAGGAGAUACUGUUCAAUGAAGCGAGUGAAACAAGGCCCGUCAUGCAGAAACACUUCAGACAGUACUGACAAAAGGUCAUGGUACUUGUAAAGAAGAGUCUGCCCUUCAGAAGAAUCUGGCCUAGACAAUGGUGGGGGUGGAGAAUGUGCCAGCGAAAUGUCUUUUGCUGGCUGACAUUUUCCCUGAUAGCAGUUGAUCCGCAAGUGCAACUUCAAUUACCUAUUGGCAGCCACUGCUCUGUGCCAAGGGAAAGCUUGGCUACAGCUCCAAGGAUGUUGGUUCCACUUACUGGGCACCAUGUGAUGCCAAAGAGCAGCUUUUGCCAACCUGGUGCCCUCCCAAAGUUUUGGACUACAUUUAGACUCAUAUCACUGGGGAAUGGAUAUUUUAAGGCCACAUUUGCACCAUACAUUUAAAGCUCUAUCUUGCCACUUUAAACAGUCAUGGCUCCCCACAAAUAAUUCUGGUUAUGGCUGUAGCUUAUUGGUAGAGCACCUAUCUUGUAUGCAGAAAGUCCCAGGUUCAAUCCCUGACAACUCCAGGUGGGGCUGGAACAGGGUCCCUGCCUGAAACCCUGGAGAACAUGACAAUACUGAGCAAGAUGGAACGAUGGGCCUUUUAUCAGUAUAAGGCAGCAUCCUAUGUGCUAUUACAGGAGCUGCAGUUUGUUAGGAGCCCCACUAUUCCCCUCACAAUAAAAAGGUUUAACAGUCAAUCCCUCCACCUAGGGAACUCCAGGACUGUGAUCAGGUAUAACAGAGUGUUGGGCUAGGACCUGGGAGACCAGGGUUCAAAUCCUCACUUGUCCAUGAAGCUCACUGGGUGAUCUUUGAGAGCCUCAAAGCCUAAUCUGUCUCACAGGGCAUUAAAUGAGGGAAGGGGGUGAUAAUGUAUGCUUGAGCUACUUUGACAAAAAAGUAGGAUAUAAAUACAAUGAGUAAAUAAAAUAAUAAAUACUGUAUUCCGUUAGGACAAAUGGCCUCUUUGUGUUAAACUAACAAAGUAUCCUCCAGUUCACUUCUUUAAGAUUAAAUAUUUCUUUUUUUGGAAAAAUCUUCUAUGGAAAAACAGCCCAACAAAGACAUUUCUUAAUUUUUGUUUCUUUCAGGUACUUGGAAGAAUGCUGGAGCUGGCAUUUGUCCUGGAUUUUCUUCUGCCUACCUUUCUAAUACUUUUUAUAUUUCCCCCUCUCCCUGACAGAAACCAUAAUGGCGUAUAUCCUGCUGGUAUUCUCUACCUUUGCCCAGGCUGUUUUCACGAAUGCAUUCAGCUUCUCCAGGGAAAGCACAGGUAACUGGGAACUUGGGGCUAGUCUACAGCAGCAGGCAGAACUGGAUCUAUUGGUAAAUCUCCGGGAGAUUUCCAGUAGAUUGACAAGACUUUCUAAGGCCCCCUCUGACUGGACAUUUAAAGCAGUAUCACACCACUUUAAACACUCCUGGCUUCUCCCAGAGAAUCAUGGGAACUGUAGUUUGUUACCGGGGUGUAGAAAAUGAUGCAGUCCAGGACUGAGGCCAUGGGCUGUUAUUCCUAAAUCUGCCCUGUGCCAAAUCUCAACUUCUCACUUUCUUGCUUCUCCCUUCCAGAUGACCUCAAAGCUCUGCGGGUCUCCAUUGCCAAAUACCCACCAGUCCGAGCUGUUCUUUCCGGCAGCCUCACCAUCCCCUGCCACGUUACCUACUUGCAUCCACUGCCCACUUCUGGAACUGCAGGCCGCAGGGCUGUCCAAGGGGCACCCCGUGUGAAAUGGACCUUCAUCACAGAGGGCAGAGAAGCAGAGAUCCUGGUCGCUCGGGGCCUGAAGGUGAAGGUGAGCGAAGCCUACCGCGACAGAGUCUCCCUGCCCUUUUAUCCAGACUCACCAACAGAUGCCACCUUGGUCCUGAGCGAACUGCGGUCCAACGACUCCGGGGUGUACCGCUGCGAUGUCCAGCAUGGGAUCGAGGAUGGGCAUGACCUGCUGCAGGUGAAGGUCAAAGGUAACGUUGCGCUCUGGCAGAGUGUCUUGCUGAAAGGGUUUGCUGUGUUUAUUGCAGAUUCAAGUCCCAUAGCACUAGGCCUGAUCUCAGGAAACACCCAUUCUAAUUGCAGAGGUUGGGGAGGGGGAAUAUAAGGACUCAGCCACACUUUUGCUUGUCCUGUGCCAGAAAGCACAGGUCUGUGUGGGUUGUUUUAUGUUUUCUAGGCAUGAGUCUGGUUGUUUUUCUACUGGUUCUGUUGCUUUCAUUGGAAAAACCUGCACUUUAGCACUGAACUGAAGAAAACGUCAGUCUGCAGAAAACCCAAUUGGCGUUUACUUAUUUCAGCAGUAAAACCACGUUUUCUCAGAGGAAAGCGGCAAGAGAAGCAGCAGUCUGGAUGAGCCCUAAGUUUUAUUCAGUUUCAGAACUAACACAAAAAAUAAAGCCAUGUUGCAUUCAGAACUGAAAAACAUCAGUCCCCCUGCCCACCCAGCACUCUCCCCCACUUGGAUUCCUAGCAACUGCCUCUGACCAUGAAGGCUGAGAAUAGCCAUGGGUAUAACCACGGGGGAACAGGGGGGCAGCUGCCUCCCCAACCCUAUUAAAUAAAACUAUAGAAAUACUUAACUAUCUGACCAAUCUUGUCAGCUCUGCCCCCCCUAACAAAAGUCCUGCCCCCCCCCCAACAAAAAUCCUGGCUACACCCAUGAGAAUAGUCAUCAUGUCUAGUAGCCAUUGGUAGCCUUAUUUAGUUUAGAGAAGUAGUGAGUAAGAAGCAACAUGACAGAAGUUUAUAAAAUUAUGCAUAGUUUGGAGAAAGUGGAUAGAGAAAGGUUUUUCUCCCUCUGCCAUAACACUAAAACUCGUUGACAUCCAAUGAAACUGAAUGUUGAAAGAUUCAGCACAUAGAAAAGAAAGUACUUCUUCAUGCAGCACAUAGUUAAACUACAGAAAUCAUUCCCACAGGAUGCAGUGAUGGCCACUGAUUCGAAUGACUUAAAAAGAUUAGACAAAUUCAUGGAGGAGCAGGCUAUCGAUGGCUGCUAGCAACAAUGGUUAUGCUCUGCCUCCCACAAGCAUCUGGUUGGCCACUGUGAGAACAGAAUGCUGGACCAGAUGGACCCUAUGCCUGAUCUUCUUAUGUAUUCAAAUACGUACUGCCCUGAAUAUGGAGAUUCCACUAAACCUUUACGAUCACUAACAGCCACCGACGGACCACUCUUCAUGAACUUAUCUAAUCAUUUAUAAAGCUAGAUCUUCAUUGCUGGCAAAACAGCCAGCAGAAUUGGAUUGCUUAAAGGCCCCCUUUGGAUGCACACAAGCUGAUUCAACACCAUGCAUAUAAGCACAUUUAUAACACUUUGACAGCCUUGGCUUCAUCCAAAGAAUCCUAGGACUGUCGUUUACCCUCCACAGAGCUCCAAUUCCCAGCACCCUUAGCAAACUACAGUUCCCAGGAUUAUUGAAGGAAAGCUAUGCACUUUCAGUUUGCUCUAAAUGUAUGAUGUCUUCUCCCAUCUUCUAGGAGUUGUGUUCCUUUACCGGGAAGGCUCUGCCCGCUAUGCUUACACCUUUGCCAAGGCCCAGGAGGCCUGUACCAGAAUAGAAGCUGAGAUCGCCACACCGGAGCAGUUGUAUGCUGCCUAUCUCAGUGGUUAUGAGCAGUGUGAUGCAGGCUGGAUCGCCGACCAAACCGUCAGGUAGCUGGGACUUGGAAGCUCAGUCAGUUAGUGGCAUGGGGUGGAAAAUGUUCUGCGACCCGUAGAAAUUUAUUUAUUAUUUAUUUAUGCAUUUAUGCCCUACCUUUUUCUCCAAGGAGCUCAAAGUGGUGUACAUAGUGCUCCUGCUCCUCUUCCGCAUUUAAUCCCUAUAGGAACCCUGCAGGGUAGGUUAGGCUGAGAGGCAGUGAUUGGCCCAAGGUCACCCAGUGAGCUUCAUGGCCAAAUGGGGAUCCAAACCCUGGUCUUCCAGGUCCUAGUCUGACACUUAACCACCACACUGGCUCUCUUUAUUAAAUUUUAAAGUGUGAAUUAGUGACAUAAUGAAUGGAUAGAAUAUCAGGCAAACUGGCCUCUUUCUUUCUUUGUUUUAACAUUCCUCUUUAUAUUUAAAAUUAUUUUUCAAGUACAUAUAUAGAAUAAUUACAGUUCAAAGAGCCAGGCUUUUAUAUAUCGAGUUUUUCUUUUCUUGUAGAAUUGGUAUAGAAUGAAGGCACCUGUGGUAAUAAUCAUUAUACAAUUAAGUUUAGAAUGAUAAAUCAUAGUUUACAAAUUAUGUUAUAUGCUCCCAAUAAUGGAUAUGCAUUGACUGAAUCAAAUUAUAGAAUUUUAGAGUAGGAAGGGACCAUGAGGGUCAUCUAGUGUCCAACCACCUGAAAAGCAGGAAUCUCUUUUUUGCCUAAUGUGGUGCUCGAACCCACAACCCUGAGAUUAAGACCUUCACAUUAUAAUUCCAAGAGAGAAUAAAUGGAGUUCAUUCUCCUGCAAACUUGUUAUUUUUAUGCCUACCUUCUCUUCCUCUGAUCAAAUUUGUUAAUUUAAUCAUGGUAGCCGUCUUCCAAAUUUUAGAAAGCUAAACAUCAAUAGAAGCAGCUAUUGGAAGAUUACCAUUCUGGCUGCUGUGAACAAAUGAAUUAUCAUUUCAAGGUCUUCCUCUAGUAUUUUUCUUAAUCAACUUUUUGUCCACAAAUUUAAAAGAUUAUUUAAAAAGUUAGACAUGAUAAUUAAAAAGUAAGAUAUGAUAAAGAAAUAUAAUAAUAAAACCAUCAACUCACAUUAAGGAUACAGUAACCACCAGUACAUCUAUUUCAAAUUAAAAAUAUAAAUUAAUAUAAGGACUCCGCAUGUCUAAGUAGGUAUCCAUACAAAAUUGUCUAUAUGAAACAUGUUCAAAUGUAGUGCAGUCCUCCUGUUAAAAGGUUAUCUUGAGCAGCAAAUGAUAGAAAGAUGCCAGAGACCUUGUAUGUAUGCAUGCAUAUACAUAUACAUAUACAUAUACAUAUACAUAUACAUAUACAUACAUGGAUUGGAAAUCUGGAAAUAGAAUGUUUCUGUUAUUUGAGAUUAUCUUCUGCUCUGCAACCUAUAGAGCAGCCUCCCCCAACCUGGUGCUCUCCAGAUGUAUCCGGUAAUCAGGGGUAGACUGCCCUGGAACAAUCAGGCCCUACAUGCAGCUCUCAUGGCUCAUCACUAUUGAGAGACCAGUCCGCCACAUAUUUGCCUAAUCCUUAAUUUAGUAACCCCCUUCCUCCAUUAUCACUUAUUUUUAUUAUCAAAGGAAGGCCAGCAUGCUGGAUUCCCAACUCCAGAUGGCAGAUUCCACACUCAUGCACUGUAAUUUGUGAUGCACAAAAAUGCAUACACAUACUGUACCAUUUCUUUGUGCAAUGGGAAAAGAGUACUGGGAAAUGCCUGUCUUCAGAGGAACUUCAUCUGCAGUCUUUCCCAACCUGGUUUCCCUCCAGAAGUUUCAGACUACAACUCCCAUUAGCCAUUUUGGAAUGCAAAUCCCAUCAGCCCCAGGCUGAAUGGCCAUGCUACCUGGGAGUGGUUGGAGCUGUAGUCUAAAGCAUCUGGAGGAUACCAGGCUCACAAAGGCUGCAUCAGAGGUUAGGCAGGUGGCGUCGCUUUUAGGUGGUGGAAACCUUUCCAGGAUAGGGAGGGCUUGGCCUCUUUUGGAACUGGGUGUUUGAUGCAGUGCUAAUGAGAAAAUGUGACUCUCAAGCCAUCUUUUAAGAACUGGUUGUUUUUAUUAGCUUUGAAAUUUAGGAAUGGUGACAUUUUUAUGGAGCUAUAAAAGCCCAAGAUUUAUGCUGCCUCCAGGAUCAGAGGCACAGCGUGUCUCUCUGCAUAGCAGUUGCUGGGGAAUAGAACCAGAAAGUGGCCAUUGUGCUUAUGAUGUACUGCUUGUGAACAGAAGGUUGGACUACCUGGGCCUUUGGCCUGAUCCAGCAGCCAGGCUCUUUCAAUAUUGACUAAGGGCUACACACAUUAUGAAACCAGCACUGACAUUGUGGAAUAUCCCUCCCGCUUUUUCUGUAGGCAUUGCAUAAGUGAAAUUCAAACUCCCUGCAGCUCUGUUUGAAAUGGGGUCAGUGGAAAGUAUUCAUUUUGAAAAGAAAUAAUUUAUUAGGAAGAACCUGUUCAAAACCUCACAUUCCCAGUGGGGUCACUGGGACCACAAGGGGGCAUGCAGUCCAACUAGAGAACCCGCCACCCCAUCACUUUUCUUUUCCAACUGUUACCUGGUAGUAAUGGGAUGGGGGUGGCUCAUGGGAGAGCUGCUUUGAGGAGCCAUGGGAAAUUUAAGAUCGUGGUGCCCCUGAAUGCUAAUGGCCUUUCUUGGGAAAUAAAGAACCAUGAGAAGCCAGAUUUCCUAUGGUUCCUGGUUCCCUUCAUGAAAUUGUGCAUGUCCAUUCUAAUGGAAACUUUGACCAGGGAUAAUCUUAGGAAGUGUCCUAGGGGCUCAUAUCCUCCCCACCUUUUAAGAAAGCUAAACCUUUUUUUUUAAAAAGUGCUUUACAUCGCUUAUAGAGCAGCAAGGCAUACCGUAAAGCUCAGCACUAAGGAGACCCCACCCACCUACCACCUUAAUUUCCCAGAGGUGUAUAUAAAUAUAAGUUAGCAUAUGCCAUUAUUAAUGCAAAGUUGAAUGGUAUGCUCUCAGCAACUGCAGUUAAUGCUUAAAUGUGUCAUACUUAAUGGCAUCACCAGGGCUGUUCCCUGUGACAUUCCCUAGGCCUCAGGUUUGGGCCAUAGCCAUCCUGCCUGAGUGGUGCCUUCCUCUUUAGCCAUUGUCUCCUUCUAGGCCCUGGAAUUACAAGCUGUGGGGAUAUCUCUACUGACCCUUCUGACUCUUGAGGAGUCUCUGAACCAGUCCUCAGAGUCUGGUGACAAAGGGGUCCCUUUGAGGUUCAGGGAAGUUCUUGCUAGGCCCAGUGACAGCAGCUGUAUGUGGAACAUACCAGUGAGUAGUUCCAUCUCUUUCCCCAAUCUGCCAUUGGUGGAGGGCUCUGAUUCAUCCUAGUCUGGGGCUAUGACACUGAACACUGUUCUUAUCUUCAGGUACCCCAUACAGACCCCUCGUGAAGCCUGUUACGGAGACAUGGAUGGGUUUCCGGGUGUCCGUAACUAUGGGGUAGUGGACCCAGAAGACAUGUAUGACGUCUAUUGCUAUGCUGAAGAACUGUAUGGUGAGUUAGAUUGACAAAAUAUCCUUGCCCUUUGAAAUCAGAGUCUUCAUGUUGCCCUUUGCUGUGGGAUGUACCGUAUUUUUUGCUCUAUAAGACUCACUUUUUCCCUCCUAAAAAGUAAGGGGAAAUGUGUGUGCGUCUUAUGGAGUGAAUGCAGGCUGCGCAGCUAUCCCAGAAGCCAGAACAGCAAGAGGGAUUGCUGCUUUCACUGCGCAGCGAUCCGUCUUGUUGUUCUGGCUUCUGAGAUUCAGAAUAUUUUUUUUCUUGUUUUCCUCCUCCAAAAACUAGGUGCGUCUUGUGGUCUGGUGCGUCUUAUAGAGCGAAAAAUACGGUAUAGAGUAGCUAAGUGUUGCAUUGCCUGCUGAACUUGUGAUCCGUUCCAUCAAAUACAGCCCAUCAACCAGACACUCAUUCAUGUCAGUGUUUUAUACCCCACCCCUUCCUCCAGAUCCGCACUUACAACACAGCAUACUACCACAACAUUGCAGGUUACUAUCAGUGAAGAGCUCUGGACUUCCGUGAGCGGAAUUUCCCUUUUUAGUCUCUCUCAAUCUCAACAAAUGAGAUACCACUUAAAAUAUUGCAAAAUGAUAUCUCAUGCCUAUGCUUUUAGCCCAUAGAUCUUCAACCAGUGUGAUGAGUCCCACAGGUGAGUUGCAUUGCCACACGAGGUAGCUUGUUGCAAAACUGUUGCUUCCAUGAUUCCAGUUUAGACUGACCAAGACCUUGUUUCUUGACAAGGAGGCAUUCUUCUGAUGAAAUGCUUGUUUUAUCAGUUUCCAUGAGUGCUGAAAUGUGGCAAGAGAAAGGCACAAGACAUUUUAAAAAUAAGAUACGUAUUUCUGGCCAGCUACAUGCUCAUGCCUUUCUCCUGCCCCAUUGCAGGACUAGUUUUCAUUUCAUUGUAAUGCUGAGGAACAGUAGGUAUGUUGCUCUCUGAAUUGCCAUUUUAGGGUGAAAUAAAAUUAAGUUGUUAAUGUCUGAUGUUUCAUUAUGUUUUUUAUAUUCUGUUGGAAGCCACCCAGAGUGGCUGGGGCAAUGCAGUCAGAUGGGCGGGGUAUAUGUAACAAUUGUUGUUGUUGUUGUUGUUGGCACUAUUAAGUAUAUAUCAAAAAUGAGAACAUGAAAGUGGGACUAAUGUCGCAGCUUGGGAGCCAGAGGUGAGUCUCAAGUCUGGACUGGUUGAAGAUUCCAUAUUAUCUCCUUAUAUUCACUGAAUUGCUGGAGAGGUUGUGGAAUGUGUGGUGGGCAUAUAGGAAAGUGGCUCAGUUCUGAGAAGAAGCAUUUGUUGAAAUAAAAGUAAAUACUGGACAAAACACUUUUAAAUGUCCAAAGCUGGCUCAGCUCAAUUGUUUUACAAGCCAGGCUUGUAAUAAUGAGGUACUGGAAGAAACUAGAGGGUGCUUCUUUGGGAAACUGGUACAAUGGCAAAUAGCUCCUGUGGAAAAAUUGGCAAAUAAAAUAAAACUGGCACAAGGUUUGAAACAUAAGGAUGCUUUCACAGUAGAUUGGUCCAGCUUUAUUAUGUACAUGGCUGGAAAUGAAAACAGAGGACUCAGUUCACAAUAUGAAACUUUCUGGUUAGCAUAAAGUGUACAUUGCCUUCUCUGCAAAUUGUUGAAUGAGAUAGGCACUUACUAUCCUAUUUAGAUGCCAUUUCUGAUGUAUUGCCUAAAUUUUAUCUUAUGGGCCAGUGCGGGAUGUUUUAUUUUAAGUUUUACAAUGUUGUAAGAAUUUAAUGAUAAAAAAUUUAAAACAACAACAGAGCAUACUAUAUAAUGUCUUGUAAAAUAAACCUAAGUACAUUAUUAAAAGGUGCAAUACCAGUCAUCUGCAUCUGUCACCAAAACAUGCAUAAUCUCACUGAGGAGGGAGUCCCAUAAAGAGGGUGCCACCCCAAGAAUGCCGUGCCCCAUGCCACUGCCUUGCCUGCCACCUGAACUGAAGGAAGAAGCCCCCUCUUCUCACACCAAGGAGCAGUACCUAAGUGCUUCUCCCCAGAUAACAAGCUUCAGGAGGCCCUUACGUAACAUUAAUUUACCAUCUAGUAUAGGAGUGGGGAACCUCAGGGCAAGAGGCCAAAUACAACCUUCCAGGCAUCUAUGUCUAGUUCUUGGGUCUCUUCCUUGGACCCUCCCCAGGCCACACCUCUCACCGGUCCUGCUUUGCACCCUCCUCAAGUAAUUUUGCCUGGCUGGGAUGUUUCUUUGUCUUAAGCAUUUUAAAAUGGGGUGAGGAACCUGUGGCCCCCCAACAUCCCUAUUGGCCACGCUGGCUGCAGGGGCUGAUGGGAGAUGAAAGUCGAAUAACACAUACUUUGUAAGAACUUAGGCUGCUUGGAGCUUUUUCAAAUAUUAAUAAAAUAUUUUGAAAUAUUAAUCAAAUAUUAAACACAAUUUAUAAAUGUGAUUAAAUAAAUAGAACAUCUGGAGAGCCACAGAUUAGUCACUCCUGUUUUAACAGAUAAGUAAAUAUGCUUCUUUUAAUUCCAGCCAAAACAUGUUUUGUUGUUAUCUCUUUAAACACUGAUGCUCAACUUGUCUCUGGUUGCAGGAGAGCUGUUUGUGGUGAGCUCUCCAGAGAAAUUCACUUGGGAGGAGGCCAAAGCUGAGUGUAAGUCUCUGGGAGUGGAGAUUGCCACGACAGGCCAGCUGUAUGCAGCAUGGAAUGAAGGUCUGGACCACUGCAACCCUGGCUGGCUGGCAGACGGAAGUGUGCGGUACCCCAUCGUCACCCCACGGGAGAAGUGUGGAGGAAACGUCUCAGGAGUCAAAACCAUCUUCCUCUUUCGCAACCAGACUGGAUUUCCAGAUCCCCAAAGCAAAUAUGACGUGUAUUGCUUUAGAGGUAACAAUCCUUCUGGUAUGGCUAAACUCUGAGUAGGAUUGCCACCUUGCUCACCUGGAGGUCAAAACACAAAAUAAAUUAAGUCUGUGAAACUUUUCCAAUCAUUUGCUAGGAAGAGAUACACCUGCUAAAUUUCUCUGUGUUAGAGGCUCCUAUCAAAAGCACAAGAGCAGAGCCAGUGGCAACUCUAUUCACUAUUCACUUGAACAAUUACUUCUAGGGUUCAUCCACACUCACCUUUCCUCUGUGCAUUCUAGGCACAGGUCCACUCUUUCCAGGUCUGUUUCUGGGAUCUUUUUCCUUUUGUCUUGGUGCUUUCCCCGAGAAAACCCACGUUUUACUGCUGAAUCACUGCAAACGCCAAUUGGGUUUGCUGCAGAUUGCUGUUUGCUCCAAUUCUGCAGUAAAACAUGAGUUUUCCUAGGGAAAGUGUUGGGACAAAGGAAAACUGCUCGGACACAGACCUGGAAAGCCCGGACCUGUGCCUAGAAAGCACAUAGCAGAGGUACGUGUGGAUGAGCCCCUAGUUUGCUAAUGUUUUAUGUGAUUUAAUUCCUGCAGGGUCCUUGGAAAGGUUUUGUUAUAGUGGUACCACUAGGCAGAAGUCUGGGCCCUCACAGAAGGCACUGUCCCUUUAGACUGCUCCCAUGUUGCAGGUGGGAUUCUGUCAAAUACUGACAACAUUGCAUUAUCAGCACAUUCCUUAUUGUGGAUUUGGCACUCUUGCACAACAAACCUGGUCCUCCCUGCGCUGCCCCCCAUAAGUCCUAAUUUCUUGAGGUGGAAGGAAAGUGACAGGAAAAAGCACUGGAAAGUGUGUGCAUGAGGAAUAACAAUUGCUUGAGGCAAUGUUGUCUAGCCUCCCCGCAAACAAAUCAGAAUGAAUGCUUGACAUGGGAGUUUACAAGCAUUUCAACCCAUCUGAAAUUUGAACCAAUUUCAAACUUGAACCAAUUUCAAACAAAUGCAUUUUCAACAGAUGCAUUUCGGCAAAUCAGAACAAUUACUUGACAUGAUACCAAAUUGAAAUGCCAUCCACUAACCUUCGCACAAACAAAUCAGAAUGAAUGCUCAAUAAACAAACAAACAAACAAACAAACAAACAAACAAACAAACAAACAAACAAACAGUGGGUGCCGUAAAGCCUGCUUGCAACCUUUGUCUGGAAGAGACCUCAGAAUGCAGUCUGGCUUGCCUAUGUCUUUUGCCAAUGGGGCAAAGCACAUGCAGUUCCAUGUUCAAAAUGUGCAAGCAGCUGUGUUCAAAAUGUGGUGUGUGAUGCCCUUGUGGCUUGGUUUCAAAAUGCAAAAAAGGGAAGGCAGGUGGAAAACCCUCAGACAUGGAGACAUGUAUGGGAGCAUACACCCUGGGGGUUUUCCACCUGCAAGCAGCAGCGUGCCCCCCACCCCAGUCAUAUUUGAGUGCAGGAAAGAGAGGGGAGAAUGGGGAGAUGAUGCUGGAGGCACCAUCACUGGCACGACCAUUUGCACAUAUACGUCCCUGAAUUUUCUUUGAAAUGUCAACUCUGUUCCUGCCGCAAACCCACGCUCAUAAACAGACUGCAACAGCAUAAUGAGUAACUGAUGCCGUCAUCCUAAACCCACUUCUUACAGAGUAAAUCCCAUGGACACCAUGGAAUUUAUAGCUGAGUAAAACUAGAAUAAUUCCCUUUGGACACUGUCAUUACUCACUUCCCUUCCCUUCUCUGCCAUUCUCCUUCUUCCAAAUCAAAUACAUCCCCAUUUCCAUCACCAAUCCCCAUAACACAGUCAAAAGGAUGAAAUGAGUUGCAGUCCGGCAAAUUUGACUUUCUUUCAACCCCCACCCCUGCCAUUUGCAGGGGUGGAGUGAUCUGGGCAGGAGGGUAAUACAGAUCACUAUCUAAAGCGCCCCCCCCAUCACUACUGUAGUAGUUAAAUUCCUCCAGAGUCUAAAAUUGAAUGUCCACAAAAACCCUGUGUGGUAGGUUACCUUGAGAUGUAGUUACUGAUCCCAGGUCACUCAGUGAGCUUUGUGGCUGAGUGAUUUGCCCCAUUCAUGUCUAAAACGGGUUCAAUGUUAAGAACACCUGAAUUCCUCAAGAAGAGCCCUUCUGUAGUCAACCAGUAGCCCUAGCUGAUCCAGAAUUCAAUUUUCCACAGCGCACAUGCUGAAAUCCCUGCUUCUCUACAAGUGUUAAAGGUGCUCUGUACACCUUUUCACUUGACCUACCCUGCCAUUCAGAUGCCUCUGGGAAGUUCAUAAACACAGUCGCCCUCUCUUGCUGUCAGGGUGGCUCAUGUGUCCUAUUUUCAAAUAGAGGACUGUCCAUCCCAAGUCUGAGUUAAAAAUAAGAAGCCACCAAAAAGAGAUGGUUAUGGGAGCUCAUCCAGAGUCAAAGGUCUGAGCCAGCCCAAAAGCCACGUUUUGUCUUCCCCACUGUGCUGAGAUGUGUUGCAUUUCUGUUUAAAUUACAGCAAUUAUUUCUAAAUUUGACUCUAUACAAAUAAAUCACCAUGUGCACAUUUUAUGCAAAUCCAUGCCCUCUUUUCUUUUGAUGCGACACAUCCUUUUUUGGGGAGGAUGCAGAACUAGUCCUCCUACCUUGACCCCCAGUAACUAGUGAGGCCUGGUGCCUCUGAUCCUGCUGGUAGGAAAUAGUUGCCAAAGCUAUUGCCAUUGAUAAACCUGCCCACCAUGAAUUUCUCUCACCCACUUUUAAAGCCACCUAAGUUCAUUUUUGUUAUUAGAAGGAGCAUGCAGGGAAGUGGGGGCUGAACCUCUCAACCUUCCCUCUCUAUGCCAGUCAUUGGCGCAUGGAGAGGGAAGGGUUCUGCUAACUUCCUGCUAUGUACCCAUGCUGUGGUAUGACAUAACCCAGACCCCCUUUUCAACAUGGCCAGAUGUGUCAAUAAACAAACAUGACUUUAGGGCCAGCUGGGUGAGGCAACUGCCUCAGGUGGCAGUUGCUGCAAGGGCAGCAGUGGGCUCCCCCUGGCCAUUCCCCUGUGUGUGCCACAUGACCUGCCCUGGAGCCACGCUCCCGCAAACUAGCCUGCUGCCCUCACUCACGUGUGAGGGGAAAUGUUAUUCUUCAACUACCAGUCUGGUUGUCUUCUGUACACAGAACCAGGGGGAAGUGCCAUCUUGGUCCUUUGCCUCAAACAGCGAAACCCUGCCCUGUCUUGCCUACCCCUAUGUGAGUGAGCUCAGCAUUCCUGCCCAGGCUGCUUUGAAACGAUGUUUCUGAAGUACCCCCAGAGGCAGUAACACCCCCUUUCUUUCUGCCCACAGAAGAGACAAGCCCUUUUUCUGAGUCUCCAGUCCCCGAGGCAGAGGGCAGCAAGGAGAUUGUGACUGUGACAGAAAAGAUGGAAGAGCUGCGGCUGCCCAAAGCGGAGCGUGAGGUGGCGAAGGAAUCCAGAGGGGCCAUUUAUUCCGUGCCCCUUUUGCAGGACAACCUUGAGGCUCAGCAGCAAAAGCCCAGCAGUGCCCCUGAAGAGACAGCCCCACAAGGGCCUAAGGCAGGCCCAGGUAGCUGUGCUUUCAGUCCAGGACAGAGAGAUGAGGAAGGGGGAAAAGAAAGAGAUGGAGGUUGCCCAGGGAGACACAGGCAUGGUAGGUGAAGAGAAGAAAGGUCUGAGGAUCAUAAAGGGUUGAGCAGCUGUGAUUCCUGCAUUGCAGAGGGUUCGACUAGAUAACCCUUUGGGUAAGAAGGAAACUUCUCUGGAAAAAGGUUCAGAAAAGGGCAACUAAAAUGGAGUGACUCCCCUAUGAGGAGAGGUUGCAGUGUUUUGAUUUGUUAGUUAGAGAAAAGGUGAGUUAUAGGUGAUAUACUAAUAGAAGUUUAUAAAAUUGUGCAAAUGGAGUUUGCUCCUGCCGGAUGCAGUGAUGGCCACCAACUUGGAUGGCCAUCAGAUUAGACAAAUUCAUUUGGGAUAGUGGCUACUAGCCAUGUUCGCUAUGCUCUGCCUCCACAGUUUGGAGGCAGUAAUGCUUCUGGAUACCAGUUACUGGAAGCCACAAGAGGGGAGAGGGAGUGCUCUUGUGCUCUGAUCCCACUUGUGGGUUUCCCACAGGCAUCUGAUUGGCCACUGUGAGAACAGGAUGCUGGACUAAAUGGGCCAUUGGCCUGAUCUAGGAGGCUCUUCUUACAUUCAAAACUGAAAGGUCAGUCCUUUUAAUCCCCUACUAGGAAUGGGCUGUAAGAUUGUGGGCUAUGCCCACUGGGUUUCAUGCAUGUAGACCCUGUACAAACACAAUGCUCACAUCUGGACAACUGGGGCUACCACUGAGAAGGGUGUGAUAUUGAUCCAGAGAGCUGAGGAUUGCCUGUGGUGAGAAACAAAACAAAUAAAAUUAAAGUUCUAUAAAUAAAUGGGACAAUUUUGCUCAUAAAACCCCUGAAUUCUUCAGACUGCAUAAAUUAUGCAAAAAUAAACAAAAAAUGAUUCUGAGCUGCAUAAUCCAUCCUACAUCAUCUGGACAGAAACAAAAGCAUGGGUGCUAACACAAGUUAGGGGGAGAAAAAGAGAGAGAGAGAGAGAGAUUUGCACCCCAUAAAACUCAGCCCUUGAAGAGCUGCUGCUCACUGCUAGAGCACCUGCUUUGUAUGCACAAGGUCCCAUUUUCAAUCCAUGGCAUUUCCAGGUCGGGCUGGAAAUGCUUGAAACCCUUAUGGUCUGCUGCCAAUCAGGGCAGAGGCCUUCAAGGGAGUUGCUCUUAGUGGUGCCCCAUGGCAUGGAUGCACAGCUCAGAUGCACAUUCAGUAUUGUGAGCCCAGUUUUGUGGAACUUCUUCUUGUUGCAGUCAGACAGGCCCUGUUGAACUUCUGGCCCUGACUGAAGACCUUAUUAUUCUAUCAAGCUUUUCAGCUGAACUCUGACUUUAUAGUUUGAAUUCAUUUUUAGUCUUACUCUAUUGAGAUGACUGUAAUUAAGCAGCAUACAAAUUAUUAAAACAAAUAAUAAAUAAAAAUAAGUGUACUGUAUCAGAUACAGAGACCCCUGUUUUGCGCCUUCCUAUCAAAGUUCCUUUUAAAUGGAGAUUCCAGGAAAAUGAAUUUCACGAUUCAUUCCAUAGUCAGUGAGUAAAUGUGUAUUGUACACCAGUACCUGACACCCAGUAUUUGUUACUUUUUUGCCAGUAUUUGGCAUGAAUUGGCAGUUAACUACCUGACAGCGCUGGGUAGCUAAUGCGGUGCAGUAUUUUGCAUUUGGCAGUUUCUGGCAAAUCCAAGACAUUUAUGUUGUGCUCAUCCAUUCAAUUCAGAAUCCAAAUUUUGCAAUUGGUAAUGGUGUCUCUCCUGUCUGCCCCCCCAAUCUUAUUUGAGUGCUCAUUUAAAAAAAAAAAAAAAAAAGCCCACACAAACAGAGGAGGUAAACUCUCCCACACAUGCAAAUGUGAAUACAGCAUUAACCAUGAAAUGGGAGACACUUGCUGAAUCUCACCAUUGAUUAGGCCAGGGGUUGAUUAGGCCAGGGGUGAUCCAGAUAUUGUUGACUACAACCCCCAUAAUUUGUAGUCUGCUGGCGCAGCUCACUGCUGGAAGUUAGAAUCCAACCACAACUGGAGAGUCAAGGGUUGCCUAACCCUAGAAUAGAUCUGCAAGUGCUUCCUGGGUUUAGUUUAUUUAUUUCUUUAUUGCAUUUUAAUAACAACAGACAGAAAGAGAAAUUAUCUUAAAUAUGUUAAGCUGUCAGCAGUUUCCAAUAAAGGAUAUAGCUAAGCAUGUGAAUUACUGAGUCAAUAAUGAAACAUACCAAGAGAGAAAGGAUGUGGUCCACAAUUACCAUUGGUUCCAUGGUCUAAAGCAAAACAAUUAAAAUGUGUCAUUUCAGAAAAGAUUUAAAAGAGACCUUUAACUGUACUAAAUCCCAGUGUUUGCAUAGAAGUUUGGACCUGAUACUGUGCUUGUAUAUGAAAGAAAAUUAGACCAAAUGGCAAGGAAGGAAUCUUGAGUACUUGGGCCCUUGAACACUUAGCUUUUUCAAGAAGAGCAAUUUGCCAAGUCUUGGAAUAUCAAUAGUCUGGAUAAUUAAGAUCAAAAGUCUUCCAAAACUUGGCAGUUGUGUUCCAGGCCACUGUCAAAAGAUGCAAGGUCAGUUUCUCGUUAUUCAGAUCUUGAUCCAAAUCUACAAACCAAUUGUCUUUCUAAGUGCAGUGUCUAAGGACAAUUCCCACCUUUGGGAAGAUUUCAUUUCCUUCCUUUCAAUUUUGCAGAGGAAGAGACAGAAGAAGCCCAGAGCACUGAGGAAGAUGAGAUGUUUGAUCUAGGCCAUCCGGUAGAAGAGGAAUCUGAUGAAGAACAAAACCUGCCCGGGCCUUCAGAAGCAGCUCCAGAGGAGUUUGAGUCCACAGCAGAAGAUGAGGUGGAAAGCACCACUCAGGCAUGGUCCCAAACCUCCCCAGACCUCAGCACAUCAGAGGAUGAGGAUGAACCCCAUGGCUUUCAUGGCCCUGCAGGUUCUGCCCUAGCACCCUCUCAAGAGCAUGGAGGAGAAGGCACCACUGAAGCUGACUCUUCUGACAGCCUCUCCACUGGCGGAGGAAGCCAAGCAGCAAGUGACUCUGAAGAGCUGCAUAAAGACCCAUCGUCAUCACCCUCCACCUCAGAGAUUGCAGCUGAAAGGAAGGUUGUCCCUCUAGAGCAGGUGGCUCAAAAUAUCAGCUACAGUGAUCCUGAAAAAGCUGGCAUUGUUCCUCAUCGGCCUGAGCACUCGGGGCUGCCUGAAAACUCCUCUGCAGCUGCUGAGCAGACCCACAUGCAUGUAGCCCUGCAAAGUGGGCUUGUUCCUGGAUUCACAAGCACCCACGUCCCUGGUCAUCCUGGCGACUCAGUCGAUGCAGAGUUUUCAGGAGCUGUGCCUCCGGGAACAGCUGCAACUGUGGAGAGGACAGCAGUGUGGAAGAGGGUGGUCCCAGAAUCCUCAAGCACCACAGCUGCCAGCCUGUCUGAAGAGAGCGAGGAGCAUUCUGGGUCUGCCUGGAUUUCACCUGCCGUUGCCACGGGGUUUGCAACUUCCAGUCCCAAAGAGGCUGUGGUUGACUCAGGACAUGCAGUUAGCACCCAGCUUCCUGGGGAGGAGCAUGAGACUGAGGAGGCCACUGAGAGCACCACGCCAGACCUGUCAGCAGAAGAAUCGGAUGAAGAAAGGGAAACCACCAUGGCUGGCCCAGUGCCAACUGGAGGUGGCGAAGAGCACGAUGGGGAGAAAGAAGAUGCCCCCUCACUUGCCGAGGUCAUCUCUGGAGACAUAUCAGGCUCACCAUUCAUGAGCCCUCUGUUCACAGAGCCCUCCUUGACCACUGCCCACCCUCUGCCUGUCCUGCCCACAGAAAGUGCCAGCCUUGGAUCAGGUGGGAACAUUUCAGGUAACCCUUUUGCCUGCACUGCCUUGGUGCUCUUGGCCACUAUUUUGGCUGACCCUUCCCACUAAAACCCUAAUGAUGUUCCCCCCAAAGCCACGCUUUUCUCUUUGUAUAUGUCUCUCCCCCCCCCCCACUUCUCCUCCCCCCCCCCCCACAUCACCUGGAUUGGGAAAGGUAUAAAGACCCAGAGAAGCACAUGUUUUGUCAAACAAACAAACAAAAUAGUCUUAGAGAGUGCAUGCUCUUUAAAUCUCUCCUACUUCUAUGAAGUGUUUUAAUGACUAUUUCCAUGAAAAACAAGCCGGGAAUGAGGACAGCACUGGUCAUAACAAGGAGACUAAUAAAAAAAGAGAGAAAAAAAUUAAAAACUUUCUAGAAGAAGGCCAUCUGGCUGGAUGUAUGUACCCUGCUGUGUGUGUCUUGUGUUUUUUCCCUUCACAUUGCUCCUCUGCUUAUUUGUUUCCUUCCACACUAAUGAAUUAAUAUCCCUAAUGUUACUUAAACCCUUGUUCAACACUGAUCUUAGAGCCAUAUUCUCAUGAGUGAUGAUUACAAAUAUUAGGUGUGUGUGUGUGUGUGAGAGAGAGAGAGAGAGAGAGAGAGAGAGAAUAUAGGAAGCUGUCUCAUAUUGAUUCAGGUCAUUGGUCAAUCUACCUCAAUAUUGUCUGCAUACACACUAUACCUUCAAAGCACAUCCUUUCUCUCAAAGAAUUCUGGGCAUUGUGGUCUAUGGAAGCAAGCUAGAGAUAAGAGGCAUCCAUCUCACCCUGCCAGGAGUGGCCCAAGCCAUUUUGCUGCUUGAAGCAAAGGACAAGAUGGUGCAUUCCCCAUCCUGUGCACAAAAUCUGAGUAAACUAAUGGUUGAAUCUUACUUCAGCGCUGGUGAUGGAGCAGAGUUCUCCACCACAUCCUUAAGGCAGCAAACUAGCUUAGGGGCUGCAGGGCAGACCACAUGGCACACAUUUUUAGCCACUGUUCACACCUCAGAAUUUGCUGCCUGAGGCACUUGCCUCACUCUCCCUCGUGGAAGGAUUGGUCUUGCACCCUGCCUACUUGGGUCAUGUGACAUGCCUGUGGCCUUCUUUUAUCCUCACAACAGCCUUAGGAGGUUGUUUAGGUUAAAGUAAUGGCAACUUGCCCAAGGCCACCUUAGCAUGCUUUGUGGCUAAGCAAAAAUUUGGAAGCAUGUUGGCCUAUCUAAGUCCAAUACUGGAGCUGUGGGUGUGGGUGUGUGGGUGUGUGCUUGUGUGUCUAUAGUUGGCAUAGAAGGAUUUUUUAAAGAUAGUGCUGGGCAUAAUCUGGGCUUUCUAAGGGAAGGGACAGCAAACUAUGAGCCCUCACAGAAGGAUAUUGUGGGGAAAUUCAGUGUCUGAAUAAUGGGAAUGGUGGAACAAAUAAUUUUGCUUUCUUUUCUAUGAUAAUAGCCAAUAAAUCUCCAAGGUUACUUUCAGAUAUCCAUUUACUGCACAUUCAUUCUGAUUUGUUGGCGGGGAGGUUAUAUGAUGCCACGCCAAGCAAUUGUUAUCUCACACAUUUCAUUGCAUUUCUUUGUCACUUUCCUUACUGCAAAAAGUCCAGUACAAAUAUUUAUAUAUUAGAGUGACAAAUGCACUUUAAUUGUGCCACCUGAAUUUGCUGGUAUGUUACUGAAUCCCACUUACAAAAUAGCAAUGGUCUGGGAGAGCCCAAGUCUGUGUUUCUCUAGCCUCCAGCUCAGGUGAUGAAGAGAAAAUAUGUAGUCAUGUGCUCUGCUUUAUAGAGGGCUUGUAUGCUCAGCUCUCUGAACAUGGUGAAAACUUAGAAAGUCCUCCUUGAAACAGCUGGUGCAGAGAGUUUAAUCAUCAUCAGAAUUGUCAUCAGGAGGCCCUAGCACCAGAUCUUUUGCACGGUCCCCCAGUCUUCUUCCCACCUUAUCUAUUUAUCUAAUUUACUUAUUUUUUGUAUUAAACUUAAUAAAAAAUGUUUCUAAAACUGUAACAUAUAUAUAUAAAUUGCAGGAAUAAACUGAAUGCAUACACAGUCACACACAUUUAUUCCCGUCUUAGCUUCUUGCUACACACACACACAUGCUAAAAAGUAAAAUUGUCAAUUUUUAUUAAUCAAAUCUUUAUUGCAAGGGUUAAUGAGAAGUAUUAAAGCAGAAGAAUAAGAGGCAGACGGAACACAUUAUCCAGAUGUGUAUAGUGGGAUAAAAUAAAUAGAAGAGUAGCAUAGAGUAAAAUAAAAUGGACACCAACAUUUUAAAAGUUACACCAAGUCACAAACUCCAAAGAGGAAAAUUACAACACGUCGGGGGUCAUUUCUUGGUGAGUUUUGCUUGCAGCAACACACAGAGUGGCAGGUGCCUUAAGAAACUACACUGCCCAGCAUUCUUUGUGGGAAGCCAUGACUGUUUAAUGAUGCUUUAAAUGUAUCAUAUGGCUGCAGCAAGAUGGAGGCAAAGGGUGAUGGGCCACAAAGGGGCAAACCAUCUGGUCUGGAGUUGCUGGGCAAUAAGUUGUGAACCACCCUGAGAUCUACAGAUGAAAGGCAGUAUACAAAAUUAAUUAAUGAAUGAAUUGAUAAUAAAUAAGUUCUACACUACCAAUAUUAACUGUUUCAGUGUAAGAAGAGUCUGGCUGUGGGACCAUCCAGCCUAGCAUUCUACUUUCUGCAGUGACCAAGCAGAUACCUCCAGGAAAUCCACAGCAGAACAGUAGAGCCACACUCUGCCCCCAUUGUUUGCCCCCAGCAAAGUGGCAUUCUGAGGUAGACCACCUCUGGACAUGCAGGUUCCUGUUGAAGACAUUGAAGAAUCUAUCCUCCUAGAACCAAGGGACUUCAGUGUAUCUGAAUGUUGACAGGAAAGGCGUCAUGAUAGAAGCUUAUGAAAUUAUAAACGGCAUGGAGAAAGUGGAUGGAGACAUACUUGUCUCCCUCUCCCAUAACACUAGAAUUUAAGGAUAUCCAGCGAAGCUGAAUAUUGGAAGAUACAGGACAAACAAAAGAAAGGACUUAUUCACAGAGCUGUGAUGCUCAUGUAGUUCAACUAGAUGGCUCAAUGGCCUGAUCCAGCAAACUCUCCUUAUGGUCAUCUGCCCCACCUUCUCCUUGCUGAAAUAGGCUUUACCUACUUUAUUAAUAUAAAGGUGAUUUAAAUAAAAGAUAAUGCAGCCUGUCAAGUAAACCAUAGAGCCUUACAUGUGUUGGUUGAGAGAACACCAGUAGAGAAUUAAAACCACAAAAUAUGCAGCCAAUUAAAACAUGGAAAUAUAGGCUGCUGGACCUUUAAAAUACGUCAUUCUAAGUUCCGUCCAAAGUUUUCCACUUCCCCCAGCACAGAAAAAGACCACAUGUCUGGUAAGGUAAAAAUGGUUUACUUACAAACUCUUCAAAAAUCAGGUUCAUGUGCUUUUCCAUACAGCAGUCAAAAAACAUAGGCAGUAAAACUUAUGUUAGUUCCAAAGUGGUGGAAGUUCCUAAAUUAUUUGUAUAAGAACACAAGGGUGGCUGUGUGUGCGUGCUUAAGUCAUGUGGUCUGAGCUUGGAGCAACCAGCUCAGACCUUUUUAUAGACUGGAGUGCACAUGUUAGACUGAGGCAAACAAUAUACCUGGCUUCCUUCCUCCCAUGGUGAGAGGAGUGACCUAGCUACAUGUGGCAGGUCUCUGGCGUAAUACUCUCUGGCAUUAACCCCUUUGUGCAUUAAUUACACUUAAGCAUUUUGGUUAUAUGUGGCUGGUUAUCCUACAGUAUUUUAGCACCAAAGUCUGGAACUUGGCCCUGUAGGAGAUUAGCAACCAGAAUGGCUUGAAAUGACACUUCUAUUGCAGCAAAUAGAAAGCCUUUUUCAAGCCUAAUUCAGUGGGGGAUGGAGGAUUGGGGGGGGGUCACAACUGAAUAUGUAAAGGUUAAGCCUCCCCUCCCUACCUGUGACCCCACCCCCCAUUGUUCAUCAAUUGUUGCAAUUAAGCUUCAAAAAAAGCUUUUAUUGGAGGUUUAAAAGCCAAAUUAUUGCAGGAGUGUGUGCGGUUUUUUUUCUGGAGAUAGCAGCAGUGUAGGGGAAAAGGUUAACUCUUGCCUCCCCAGCUAGGCCUCUUCAGAAGAUCAUUCCACCGUGAUUAAACAUGGGGGCAGGGGGAAACAAAAACACUAUUUUCAAGCCUUAUUGCUGGGAUAGCAUACUCUUCAACAUUUCUCUGAUGAAAAUAGCGGCAUCCUAUUCCCUACCUUCCAACAUUUCUCCCAUGAAAAUAGGGACAUCCUAGUGUGAUGUGGGGAAGCUUGAUGGGCUUUAAAUGUAUGGUGUGGGUCUGUUUUGAGUGUGUGUGGUUUGCACAUGGUUGCAAUGUUGUACCUGCAGCGGUUUGCCAAGGCCCCUCCUCUAAGUGGGCAUGGCUCUGCCCAGCAAGUGAAGUUCCUGCCUUCAUUGACUGGAGCAUCCUCUUCCUGGCCAUUUGCUUCCAGGUGACUGUAUCCCAAACCCCUGUAGGAAUGGAGGGACCUGCACUGAAGAAGGGGACCUCACAGGGUGCCUUUGCCUACCAGGCUACGGAGGAGAUGCUUGUGAGAUCGGUGAGUAGAACAACUGAGUCUGCUGCAAGGUAUAUGUUUGAACCCACACAGUGCCCACCAACCACUUGUCUAUGGACGCUCCCAAGAGGUUUGAGAUCUUUGACUGGAGUUAUGUGCCCGCCAUGAAUAUGUGUUCCUGCCUUAUGCUCACAAGAAGUUAACACACUGGAGGAAUAAAGGAAGAUGUGUUCAUUACAUGAAAUAAAAGUCACUGAGUAUACGGGUGCUGUUUCAAACAGCAAGGUUACCAAUAAUAAUCAGACAGUAAAUCAUACAGCAUGUAUCAUACAGCAUUGUUCUCUAUCUUAAAGAUUUAAACAGUCCUGACUAUCCCAAAAGCCUAGAGCAGUGGUUCCAAAGCUCCCCACCCCUCGGUUCCAUAAACCCAUCCCUGGUACCCUCAACCUCCCUAUUAUACAGAAUAGCAGUCUGCAUGUUCCCCUAAGGAAGAUAGUAACUCAAUAGAAUUCAGAACAGUAACCAUUAAUUGCACAUUGAUUCAAAAUCCAUUUAAAGCUAUUUCGUUUAAUUAAUUCAACAAAACAGAAGGACUUGAUCCAAUGAUACCAGCUUUUCAAAGUGAUUUAUACCCCCAGCAUCCCCCUGCCACCCCUUUGCCUCUUAGCAUGACCCCUACACAGUACCACCCCCCUCCAGAGGAUGGUACCACUCGCUGGCCUAGAAUGUGAGCAUGACAAUUUGCCACAGCACCCACACUAAAAGCAAAGUGAGAAAGGGAAGGAGAAUAGUAUAUCUGUCUUCAAGGAAACAGUACCUAAGCCAGGAAUCAAGAGGUCUGUGCCUUUUAUUUGAGAGUCAUGCUCUUCCUGUCAAUAGCCUUCACUGGCAAGGCUACAGCAUCUCUCUCACCCAUUCCAGGGAAGUUGAUAUUUGAGAUCAUUGAGGAACAAGAGAGGGGGACCCCCUGGAACUUUCAGCUGCCCAACGUUAAAAAAUCUGGACUUUAGGUUUUAUUUUGGGCCAUUGUUAUGUUAUGAAGGAGGGAGUGUUUUUCUUAUAAGUGAGUGUCAUAACACCUUUAUUCCAUUGCUUAUUUCCUGCGAAUUCCUGUAUAUUUAUAUUUAAUAUGAGAAUGUGCAGAUCUAAUGGAACAUUUCACACAUAGUGUAGCUAAGCUGCCUUUAAUCAGGCGACCUUUUUAUUGCAAAGUAGGCUAGUUGAUAUUGCCUGUCUAACAAGCAUUUUUGUCUCUCUCCUUUCUUUCUGCCAAGACCUGGAAAAAUGCCGGCCUGGCUGGGACAGCUUCCAAGGGUUCUGUUACAAGCACUUCUCCACCCGGAGAAGCUGGGAGGAUGCUGAGACCCAGUGCAGGAAGCUCGGAGGGCACCUGGCUAAUAUCAUGACACCGGAAGAGCAGAACUUCAUCAACAGUAUGCCCGCCAGGGGUUUCAGUAACAUGGGCUUAGUUAAUGUGGCAGUAAUCCAGCAGUACAAAAAUGUGUAUAUUAGGGGAAAGUGUGCAUUCAAAUUCAUCAGCUAGUGAAAAUAACCCUCAAAAAUGCAUUUUAUUAGGCAAAACUGUGUACAGUGAAGUAUAUGCACUAAAAUGCACAACAAUUUUUCAUGAAGACUUAAACAAAAUUAAACAAUAUAAAGAAAAUGAAAAAGAUUACAGUGGUGUAGCACAGUGCAAUACAGAAUGAAUUCUUAAAAAUUGCGGAUUGGUGGGGAAACUGAAUUUUAUUAAACGAAAUUUUAUUAAACAAAAAACAAACAAACCUAAGAAAUGGAGAGAAACCAGAAUUGACAUUUUUGCCCUCCCCAUGCCAUCUCUAACAACUUCUUUCAAAGAGAGAGUUUCUAUAAUUUCAAAUCCAAACUCAGGAAAGUAUCUCUUCCCCAUGAAGCCUCAAGGACACUGCAGCCCACCCUGGAACGUUAUCCUAGGCUGCCACCUAGAGUCAUCUGAUGGCACAGCAGGGCUGUUGUUAACGACUUCAAGUAGUUUCCUAAUUGCCGUGUCUCUGUGCCUCAUUCUUCUUCAUCCAUCCUCAAAUCUUGUUGGCUUCUAGAUAGGUACAAGGAGUAUCAGUGGAUCGGCCUGAAUGACCGGACAAUUGAAGGCGACUUCCAGUGGUCAGAGGGGAGUCCUCUGGUAAGUGAUGUUUGCAAAAAAAAAUACUGUAUUAUGCAUGCUUUAAAAUAAAUAAAUAAAAACAAAGGCUUCUGUUACAUGCAGAUCAGUGCCUAAUUAUUCUGAGAAAGGUGGGUUGUAGGAACAGCAUAGGAAAUUGCCUUAGACCAGACUAUCAAGCUCAGUAUUGCCUGCACGGACUGGCAGUACCUUUCCAGGAUCCCAAUCCUACCUGGACAUGCUAUCGGAGAUUAAACUUGGCACCUUUUUGGAAGAUGCCACUGGCCUGGAACAGGGACACUGUUCACGCUUGCUGUCAUUUAGUGACUCUCUCUCUCUUUCUCUCUUGGGUAGCUUUAUGAGAACUGGCAUCCUGGGCAGCCCGACAGCUAUUUCCUGUCUGGAGAGAACUGUGUCGUGAUUGUUUGGCAUGACGAAGGGAAGUGGAGCGACGUGCCUUGUAACUACCACCUGUCCUAUACCUGCAAAAUGGGGCUGGGUAAGCCUUGAGCUCUGGGCCUUCCCAGCUGUGGCCUUUGACUCAGAAUUGUCGCUCUAGUCCAAGACCAAAGGCCCACCGAGACUUGUGACGUUUGUCGUUCAUGUUUUUGAACUUCAAAAGGGAGAAACAAUAUAUACAUUGUUGCAGAUAAUAGUCCCCAACAGGCAGCAGUUUUCAAAAUGUUAUCAUCUGACCCCUGGGCAGGGAGCAGAAGUAAGUGCCAGCUGUGUUGCACAAGCAAUGAUCUGUAUUAUACAGCUUGCAGAGAUGGCUGCCAUUUUUGAUCAGGUAUCAUGAUUGCAAUUAAGUAAGUUUGCAAAUAAAAAAUUUAAAAAAAUAGCAUGCAUGCAGUGCUCAGAGCUGUGAUGAAAAAAAAGGCACUUCUGCUUUUGUGGGUAGGUGUCCUAAAUAAGGAUGUGGGUGACACUGUGGGUUAAACCACACAGCCUAGGACUUGCUGAUCAGAAGGUCGGCAGUUCGAAUCCCCGUGACAGGGUGAGCUCCUGUUGCUCGGUCCCUGCUCCUGUCAACCUAGCAGCUCGAAAGCACGUCAAAGUGCAAGUAGAUAAAUAGGUACCGCUCCAGUGGGAAGGUAAACGGCAUUUCCGUGCGCUGCUCUGGUUCUCCAGAAGCGGCUUAGUCAUGCUGGCCACAUGACCCGGAAGCUGUACGCCGGCUCCCUCGGCCAAUAAAGCGAGAUGAGCGCUGCAACCCCAGAGUCGGCCACGACUGGACCUAAUGGUCAGGGGUCCCUUUAUCUUUUUAUCCUAAAUAUGUGGUGCCAGUUUGUGUGAAGGUGAAAAUAUCUCAGAAACAGGCAGUAUUAGUUCUUUUAAAACCAGGUUGAAAUAUUCCUCCUGCUGACAUUUUCUAAAUAUAUGUGCAUAAGUAACUCACUUUUGGAUUCGAUAAUAUUUGACGAUAACUUUGACAAAAGCAUUUUGGACAUGCUGAUGGAGGUUAAGGCCAUCAGUGUCUAUUAGUCAUAAUGCUUAAAUUGAACCUCCCUGUUCAGAGGCUGCAUACCUGGGUGCAAACAGGUAGGGGAUGACUACCACCACUGUGGAAACCUAAGCAUCUUUUGAAAGUGAUAAAAGAAAAGAACUAACACCUUGCCUCAUGGGCAGGUCAGCCCUGCCAGACACUAAUGAAAAAGGGUGUGUUGCUGUGACAUUAAUUGCAAGCUGAAUCCAACCUUUGGACAAGUCCAGGCUCAGUUUUUUUAUUAGCCUGGAAGUUCUGAACUGGGGAAGUUUGUCUUCGAAACUCCCUCAUUUUGAGUGAUUCUAAUGUUUGCCAACCUAUUGGGAUAGCACAUGCUAUUGUGUCCCAGGCACCAGAAAAUUUGGUGGCAUUGGCAUGAAAGGCAAGCUGAAUCUGAGUUUCUUUUUUAUUUUAUUUAUAGAAUUUCCAAAUUUACAAUUAAUCUGACAUUUUCCAAUGUACAUUCACAUAGUAUUUGACUUCCCCUCCACCCUUCCAUGGUCCCCUCUGAUUAUCUAUUGCUGCUGCAUAUUAUUAUUAAUCUAUACCUUCUUUCCUCCACCUUAUUCUCAGUAUAGCUUUUACUGCUUUACUUACUCCAAACCUCCUAGUGUUUUAGCAUGUUUACAAUAGUUUUUUAAGUAAUCUACAAACAUUAUCCAAUCCUCCUUGAAGGCUGUCUCAUCUUGCCAUCUAAUCUGAAUCUGACUUUCUAACCAGGCUCAGCUUGCAAUUAGCCUGAAAGGUCCUAAUUGGAGAAGUUCAUACCCCAAACUCUUUCAUUUUGAGCAUAUCAUUUGUUCUAACCUUUGCUAAUUUGCUGGGGCAGUACAUGACUGAGAAUAUACUAGUAGAUGUUGACCCUGUUCACCUUCUCUCCAGUCUUUUGCGGCCAACCCCCAGAGGUGGCAGAUGCCCAAAUAUUUGGCAAACCAAAGCAGCGUUACGAAAUCAACUCUUUCAUCCGGUACUGGUGCCAAGAAGGGUUCACCCAGCGCCACUCCCCUGUCAUCAGGUGCCAGGAGAACGGCGAAUGGGAACAGCCGUCAUUCACCUGCAUCCCAAGUGAGUCAUUACAUGGAGAUGGCUAGAUCUCUAGCUGCUUUGGACUGUUUUGUGUUGUGGGAGGGGUUUAGGAUGGUGGAAGGAACUGAGCUAGGAACUCUCUUGCACGGGUCUCUGGCAGCUGGGUCAGUUACCUUAUUCUCUGUGAAACUGGGGCAGCUUUAUAGGGAGAGGGAACAGCCAGCCCAGCAUCUGCUGCUCUAUAGUGCCUCCACUGCAGGUGGCCAGCAGAGAUACUGUAGCCUUCAGCCUAGCAGAAUCCAGCAACCUGGGAGAACCAAUCAGCCCCUUUGCAACCAUUCAUAAGCACUGUGUGAUUUGUGCUUCCACACCCCACUUUUUUCAGGGAUUGAUCAACCCCAGGAAUGAAGAUUUACCUGUGACUGUCUAUCAUCCCAGAUUCACGAGCAAGUCAGGACUGAUUUUGCAUAAAUCAGCAUGAAAAACCAACAAGGAACAACAAUGGUGCCUUCCGUUUCCCUUAUUCUUUUAUUAUUAUUAUUGUUAUUAUAUGAGUGUAUAUAUAAAGAAAUUCUAAUAACUAAAUAUUUCCUUUUAAAGACACCCUCUUUCUCAGCGACAAUAUAAAAUAUAACUUUUUACUUUGUGCAAUGAGCAUUUUUCUCCCUCUUUCUCUCUCUGCCAAAACUGAACUAGCAUAACUGUCUCUCUCAUAAUGGGGUUCUAUAUACCAAGCUUUGGGGAGCAUGUCCUUCAUUUUUAUUUUGUCAUGUGAUUCCUGGCUUCUCCAGGUAGGGCUAGGAAAGACUCUUGCCUGAAACCCUGGAGACCUAGGCCCCAUCCACACCUCAGCUUAAUGUGGAAUAUGUGCCCCUUCCAUGUGUUCUCCCUCAUCUGUACAAUCUUCACCGGAAGCAGCUGUUUUCUCCAGGUUUCUCCCUGCUAAAUCCAGAGUUUCCCUGUCCUUGGGAAAUCCUGUUUCCUCCUAACUAUAUGUUAAAAGGUGAAAUAUUAGCCAGUCAUUCUGGAAUAUUAACUAGUCAUCUGUCACAAAGCAAAGACUGGCCCAAACUAGCUGAAUGACUGUAUCCAAACAAAAGUAUCAGCACGUGGGCUGUCCUUGCUAAGAACCAGGGUAGGGUGGGGUGGGUGGAAAGAAGGAUGCAAUAACAUAAGAAGAGCCUGCUGGAUCAGGCCAUUGGCCCAUCUCGUCCAGCAGCCUGUUCUCAACUGGCUAGCCAGAUGCCCCAAUGGGAAACCCAUAAGCAGGACCUAAGUACAAGAGCCCUCUCCCCUCCUGUGGAUGCCAGCAAUUGGUAUGUGAAAGCAUCACUGCCUCUGACCAUGGAGGCAGAGCAUAGCUAUCAUGGCUAGCAGCCAUGGAUACCCCUCUCCUCCAUAAAUAGGUCUUAUCCUCUUUUAAGGCCGUCACUACUUCCUGUGAGAGCAAGUUCCAUAGAUUAAUAAUGUGCUGCGUGAAUAAAUCAUUUGUUUUAUCUGUUCUGAAUCUUCCAACUUUCAGCUUCACUGGAUAGCCACAUGUUCUAGUGUUAUGAGAGAGAAAAACUUUUCUGUGUUCCCCCUUCCCAUGCUGUGCAUAAUUUUAUAAAUUUCUAUCAUGUC